GGAGUUCCCUUGCCUCUCAAGGCUGAACCCCAGGCAAUGAGCUCUUAAGGAAAACAGGUUCCAAGGGGGCACCUCUGGGGAGGAAGGGGGAAAUCAGCAGAUUUUGCAUGUCUUUGAACAAUCUGGACUCCUCUCAUCAAGUUGUUUUGUCUACCUAGUGGGGAGAAGUUAGCCUUCUCUCUCUGCUAGCCUGCCUUUGGAGAUCUUGAUUGCAAACAAGGUAAUAUUCUGUUUUACCUGCUCUGCCUUCAAACCAUCUUAUUUUCUUUACCAAUGAACUUUGGGGUGGCCAUGUGUUAAACGGUUAGCCUUUUAAAAAAGCCGCAAAAAAAAAGUUCUAUGUAACCACCAUACUGAACAGUAACGUUUAAAAUCCCCAAUUAUUCAACCUGUGGGGAUUGUUGUGCAAAGAAAGCUGGCCGUUUUCUUUCUUAUGAAAGCAGCAUUCUUGGUGAUCCAAAGUACAAAAGUUUUGUUUUCAAAUCCUCUUUAGAAUUUGUCUUAAUUAGAACCAGGAAGUAUUAUAUGAAUUCUUUCCUGUUAAGAAGUCUCUCUCUCUCCCUGUGUGUGUGUGUGUGUGUGUGUGAGAGAGAGAGAGAGAGAGAGAGAGAGAGAAUAAAACAAGAAUUGUAACUUUUUCUGUUCAGUAUAAUUUAAUUUCUGGAGUUCCUGAGUUUUUCUCUUACGCAUUUGCUGGGGUAAACGUGUAUUUGCUGGAAUUUAAAUAUUCAAACACAUUAAAAAUUGGAUGCUUUGUUUUGAGCUCUGCCAAUUUCCACUUAACCCCACGCUGUCAUUAUCAAUAUGACUACUCUCCAGAGUAAAGUUUCAAAGGCAUUCAGGAAUAUUUAUGGGAAAGUUGGGGGAGCUUUCGCUUGAACAAAGACAUGUUCAUUGGCAGGACUUCAAAACAGGUGAAGCAUCAGAUUUUAACAUGGGCUUGUUUUCUUGUUUUAAGAAAGAAUUGUUUAUGAUGCUUGUAUUUCAGAUUUGCUAACCAAUACAAAGUGGAUAUAAAUUAUAUUGUAAUGUACUUUUUAAAAUAAAACGAGCUCCUCAGUCACCGUGAUUUCCUCAAUUUCCCAUUCAUCCCAAUGGAAGCUUCCACCCCCGCCCCAAUGCAAAGGGGGCCUGAUCUGAAUCCGAACCUUGGCAUGAGAGGUUGGGGGCUCUUUGUCGCCCCUGUUGUGGUCCUGAUCCAUAUUGGGCCCCUGCACUUGCUAUUUGCAGCAGCUUCCAUUGGAGCAAAUGGGGAAAUGAGUACUUUAUUUUUAUCUGUUAGAUUUCUUCCCUUUCACCUGAAGGUCCCAGGGCUGUUUACAACCACAGAAAAUCAACUGAGAUAAUUUACAGUCAAACAAUAGUGUGAGUCUCAAGUAUCAAAGGCAGGGUACAUCACUGUUAGGUGAUGUAAGAGCAAAAGGCUAAAUGCUCCACAUUUGCAAUUUACUUUCAGAAAACCUGUUUGUGCAUUUAGCAAUUGUGUGGAUGGCGUCUCAUCUAAUUCCAUUCUAAAUCUGUAUUUUUAUUGCUCUUGUGUUACUCUGCAUUUACUCUGGGCCCUCUGGAGCAAGAGCUUUAUUAUUAUUAUUAUUGUGUGUUCAGGGUUGAAGCACGGACAGCCUUCGCCAGUGGCCGUGGUUUUGUUAAGCAACCUCCUUGUCUAGGAAGGGCUGAACUCCAAACUCUCUUCCUACUCUGGACAGGACUCCCACCAAGCAGAGAUUAAACCUGAAUCACUGUGGGAAGGCUGUGAUUCUUGUUUGGUUGACCUCUCCUCUUGGUGGGGGGCCCCUGAAGAUUAGUGAACCAGCCUUCAUCACCCACCCUGUCCAUUCCUUUGAUGUACCCUAAGCAUAUUCCAGCCCUUCCCUCUGCACCCAGAGGUUAAACACUCUAAGCCUAGAUGCAAAGCCUCCAACAUUUCUCUGAUGAAAAUAAGGGCAUCCUAUUCCAUAAUAAUGGGACGUGGGUGGCGCUGUGGGUUAAACCACAGAGCCUAGGACUUGCCGAUCAGAAGGUUGGCGGUUCGAAUCCCCACAAUGGGGUGAGCUCCCAUUGCUCAGUCCCUGCUCCUGCCAACCUAGCAGUUCGAAAGCACACCAAAGUGCAAGUAGAUAAAUAGGUACCGCUCCGGCGGGAAGGUAAAUGGCGUUUCUGUGCGCUGCUCUGGUUCGCCAGAAGCGGCUUAGUCAUGCUGGCCACAUGACCCGGAAGCUGUAUGCCGGCUCCCUCGACCAAUAAAGCGAGAUGAGCACCGCAACCCCAGAGUCAGCCAUGACUGGACCUAAUGGUCAGGGAUCCCUUUACCUUUAUUCCAUAAUAAUACUAAUAAUAAUACUAAUAUUACUACUAAUAAUAUUUUUAUUUAUUUUUAUUUACACCCCACCCAUCUGGGGCUGGUUGCCCCAGCCACUCUGGGCAGCUUCCAACAUACACACGCACACAUACACAAGAAAAAGCAUUUAGAAGACUUCUUUAUACAGGGCUGCCUUCGGAUAGGUGAAAAUCCAAUAGAGUGAAAAUCCAGACAGAAAAGUUGUUGAGAUUCUUUUGGGAAAGUUGUUGAGCUAUUUUUAAGGGAAAUCGCCAAAAACAACACUGCCGACAUGGGUUGCCAUACAUGUGGAUUUUCCUGGAUGUCAGUGAUUUACGCUCACACACUGUUUCCGACAGCCGAUUGCCAGAUAUGUCCAGGAAAUUCUGGACAUAUGGCAACACUGCUUCAGAUGUCUUCUUACGGUUGUAUAGUUACCUAUCUGUAUAGUUACCUAUCCUUGGCUUGAGGGGCGCAUAACCGAGGUCAGCUCACAGCCAUUGAUGAAUUUUUGCUAAAUAAACAGUGAGGGCUGCACUAAUCUCUAUGACAACAACAACGAGAUGACGCAGAGAUGGUUGAUUUGAAUGGGCAGGUUAUGGCAAGACUUUUCCUCUGCAAUGUGGAUGGCAAGCCGCAGUCCAACAGGUAAACCUUUUCCCAAUAUGACAAUGCAGUUCUCUCUUUUUUUCCAAAAAAUUUUUAUUCAUUUUAUAACACAACUAAACAACACAAACAGAAAAACAAACAAUACAAACAAAUUCUUGUCUUAUUUUUUCUAAACAUUGUUAGAUGAGCUUCCCCAAGUCCCCCCAUCUGAUUUUCAUUUUACCUCAUCUUUAGGAGUUUACAUAUAUCAUAAUUUUUAACCAUUUUUUUUAUCAUGCUUACUUUUACCAUAAAAAUCUUCACAUUUUAUCACUUACAAAUAAUACUAUUUUAAAAUGCACUAUCUUCUAAAAUUUAAAUAUUAACAUAUUUUUUCAGAUAUUCUUUAAACUUCUUCCAAUCUUCUCCCACCGUCUCUUCUCUCUGCUCUCGGAUUCUCCCAGUCAGUUUGGCAAGUUCCAUAUAGUCUUAUCAUCUUCAUCUGCCAUAAUAUGACGAUGCAGUUCUGAGGGGGUGAGGGGGAAUUGGGCCUUUUUGCUUGGCCUGCUAUCCCUGUUCUCAGAGUGGUUGUGGGAAACCAGCCAGCAGGACCCAAACGCAAGAACCACCCCCCACCAGUGGAAUUCAGACACAUUGCUGCCUCCCACUGCAAAGAUAGAGCAUGGCCAUUGUGGAUGGGAGUCAUCCAUAGCCCUCUUCUCCAUUCAUUUGUCCAAUUGUCUUUUAAAGCCAUCUAGCUUGGUGCCCAUCACUGCCUAGUUCCAUAGCUUAACUAUGCACUGCUUGAAGAAGUGCUGUCUUUUGCUUCUACUACUUCUGGCCUGGGCCCCCUGAAAUGUUGUUUGGCCUUUGGGCCUCUGCUCUGUCAGAAUUUCAGGCUUCCUUCUUUCCCAGCUGUAAUAUACUCGGAGUCAAAAGUGGAUUUCAUGCUCUUUAUUCAGCUCAUAGUGGUGAGGAGGAAUGGAAGUUCCCCCACAAUAUCUGUUUUAUGUACAUUAUUUACACAAUGGGCUGCAUGUGACUGGCUAAUUCCGGGAUUCUCCUGUAGGCCAAUCAGGUUGCGGAUUCACUUCCACCUGGAGCUGGAUUAGGUGGCUCCUGCGGACCAAUCAUACUGCUGCAUUGUUCUAGGACCAAUCAGACUGCUGCAUUCUGAAUCCUAUUGUUCUAGGACCAAUCAGAUUGCUGCAUUUUGGAUCCUAUUUUUCUAGGACCAAUCAGACUGCUGCAUUUUGGAUCCUAUUCAACUCAGUACAUAGCACCAGCCCUACCUGGAGAUGCCAGAGAUUGAGCCUCCAUCCAUCUGUGCGUAAAGCAUGAGCUCUGCCACCAACAGGGCCGGCCCACCCAUGUGGCAAGGUGAGGCAACUGCCUCAGGCACCAUAAUUCACCAAGGCAGCAGAUCCCCAUGUCCAUUCUUCUUCCCUCCCUUGUUCCUGAUGUAGAUCUUCCCUCACCCCUUCUUCUUCUGGGGAAGCUGGUGCCAUGCUUCUCCUCCCCAGCCCCUGGAAGCAGGCAGAUAAGGGACAAGGCCUUUUUGACACGAGGAAAUAGCAGCAGAUAAUGGCCAAGGCUCCAAUACCACAAGAACACAGAGAUAGUGCCCUAUCGCAAUCCCACUGCAGGCCACAACAUGUUCUUAACAGGAAGCUUCCCAGACUCAGACAGGCUGCAAAACUGCUGUUUGCAAUAUGAUUCAUUAUUUAAUCAUUUUGAUGGCGACACCCUCCUUUUACUGACGUUGGGGGCAGAGUGAUGACCUCCAGAUGUAAUUGGACUGCAACUGCAACAUCAUCCCUGACCAUUGGCUGUCUUUGCCGGGCUGAUGGGCGUUGGAACUGAACAUCUGGAGAGCAUCACAGCAACUGCUCUUAAUCUAGGUCAGGCGAGCAAGGUGUUAGGCUGGCAAGGCUUUGCAGCCCUGUUCAGUCAUCCAAUGGCUUUGGGAGCCACUGAUUCAGCUAGGCUUGUUCCUCCUGCCCACCUUUCACCUGUUCAGCAGGAGAAGAUGCCAGGAAGACUCCACUGGUGGUGAUGCUUUCAUCUUCAAGCAAUUCUUGAUCAGUCUUCAUGAACCCAGCAGGGCAUAAUGCUUGUUCGUUUGGGUCUCAUAUAAGUCACUGUUCUUUGCCCCCCACCCCAUUUGUUAGACUCUUGAAAACAUCUCGGUCACAGGGAAGAAAGCUGUUUAAAUCAAGAGUUUGGUUUACCUGUGGCCCUCCAACCAUUUGUCAGGAAUGAGUUGGAAUCAUCUGGAGGGCUGCAGGUUAGCUGCCUCUAGUUGAAGCAUAGAUACAGAGCAUCCUUUUAUGUUAGAUGGAGCUGUGACAGUUUGGAAUAUAUUGGAUUUUUGCAGUCUAGUUAAAUGGUGGAUGGGGCCUGUGAGUCAUCUCUUCACUCUCUACCUGAACUUGCCUCAUAUGAGAUCUGAGAAGGGCCAUAGCUUGGUGGCAGAGAACAGAAGGUCCCAGAAGGUCCCAGGCAGGAGAGACUGCUGUCUGAAACUGCCUUUGGUGGGAAAUAUGGAGCCAGAUGGACAAAUGGUUUGACUGCUUUCAGGCAACUUCCCACAUAGCUGUAUUUUUUAGGCACUCCAGUCAGCCCAGACAAUGUAGGGCCAUCUAUUUCCCACUUCAGGUCUAGUUUUCAGGCUACUGUGUGGAUUUGUGGUGCUACACAACACCACAGCAGUUCAAAAUGCUCAAACUGAUGUGCAGCCAGUUGCAGAUGAAAGCUAGAGCAUCCUGGAUUCUCAAAUAGCUGCCAGGUACUCAGAACAAACAUUUGGUUACAGUCAGUACUUAUGGAGAGACGUGGGUGGCGCUGUGGGUUAAACCACAGAGCCUAGGACUUGCCGAACAGAAGGUCGGCGGUUCAAAUCCCCGCGACGGGGUGAGCUCCCGUUGUUCGGUCCCUGCUCCUGCCAACCUAGCAGUUUGAAAGCAUGUCAAAGUACAAGUAGAUAAAUAGGUACUGCUCUGGCAGGAAGGUAAACGGCAUUUCCGUGCGCUGCUCUGGUUCGCCAGAAGCGGCUUAGUCAUACUGGCCACAUGACCCGGAAGCUGUACGCCGGCUCCCUCGGCCAAUAAAGCGAGAUGAGCGCCGCAACCCCAGAGUCGGCCAUGACUGGACCUAAUGGUCAGGGGUCCCUUUACCUUUUUACUUAUGGAAGUAUUAUCUGAUUGAACGCAUCUGUUAAUUUCUGGCCCUCCCUUGGAAUUGCUGGCACAUAGCCGUGGUGAGUCUGAGACCCUGUCCUCACUGAGAUGCAAAACCUGUGUCUGGCCCCCCCCCCACCUCAGAUGGCAAACAGGUACCAGCAGGAUGCUUCCAUCUGAAGAAGAAAAUAAAAAUCCAUGCAUGAAUUGGAUUCUUCUUUCUGCCUCUCUUUAAUUUGCCGGCAGCAAAUUUUUUCCUCAGGCUGUUUCCCUGGAGAGAGGAAGAGAGAGUGGGGUGAGGCUAAAGGAUAGAGAAUUUGGGCACAGAAGAGUGUGGCUUGAUCUGUAUUGUCUGCAAAGCACCAUGUAGCCAGACCAGGAGAACAAAGAUGUCCUGUGUGUACACAAAGCCCCAGGUCCACCUUUCAGUUGCAACAGGUGCUGCUGGAACUGAAUAGCCUUGCAUCUUGCCUUAAUAAUCCCUCGCACGUUUGCAGCUGCCUUUAGCUCUUCCAAAGCGGGUCAGGUUGCCUUCUGAGACACUUUGCCAAAUCCCCCCUCCGCAUCCUGGAAUGGGAACUGGUUGGUAUGUAGGCAGGGGAGAACAAGACUCAGCUUUCCUUGGGGUGGAGUGCAGAAGUAGUCCCACCUACCUUGCAGGGUUAUUGUAGAAUAAAGUGGGGGGGGCGGGCAUUAAGUGAUUUUGAGCUCUUUGCAGGAAGGAGGAGUGUCUGAGAGUUUUGUUUCGUUUUUAAAGGGUGAGGUGUUGAUUGCUAAGCUGCAUCCUAGUCCUUCAUACAUUUCUGAAGAUAUACAGUCAACCUCGGGUUGAAGUCACUUCAGGUUAAGCCUUUUCGGGUUGCGCUCUGUGGCGACCUGGAUGUAACGGAGCGCGUUACUUCCGGCUUUCGCCGCUUGCGCAUGCGCAGAUGCUCAAAAUGAUGUCAAAAGAUGCUCAAAAGUGGUGAAUCGCGACCCGCACGUACGCAGGUUGCGUUCGCUUCAGGAUGCGAAUGGGGCUCCAGAAUGGAUCCUGUUCUCAGGUUAAGUACUUAAUUCAUUCCGGAGGUCUGUACUUAACCUGAAACUGUUCUUAACCUGAAGCACCACUUUAACUAAUGGGGCCUCCUGCUGCUGCCGCGCCGCCGAAGCCCGAUUUCUGUUCUCAUCCUGAAGCAAAGUUCUUAACCCAAGGUACUAUUUCUGGGUUAGCAGAGUCUGUAACCUGAAGUGUAUGUAACCUGAAGCGUAUGUAACCCGAGGUACUGUAUUGAUUUUGUAUACAUACAUACCCUAGAACUUACUGCAAUGGCUGUUAUCAUUUGAACUUCAAUAAAAUACUCUUUGGGGGUUACUUAAUUCAUACGAAAUACUCCUGGAAAACUUUUCUGCUAGAGAAGGGUAGCUACUUUAAACACACUGCCUUAAAAAAGAGGAGGAAGAUUGGCAUAGAAUUUGCAUGUGCUUUGAUGUAUAAAUGCAGCUUCAGAUUUAAGUAGAUUUAAAUACAAGCCCUCUUGCCCCAGGGAGGGAGACUGGGAGCUGCCUGUCUGCCCAGCCUGCCUUCCAGGGGCAAACUGCAGGUGGGCCUCUCCAAGGCCCUUGCUUUAUUUUCUUAUGGAUCUGUAUCACUGAACUGGGCGUGAACAAGACAGCCCUUCAGUUAGAGGAAGCCUUCAAACAGACUAGGAUGGUCCUCUGUAAAUCAGGACAUGUGGCCACCGCAAAAUGGAUCAAAAUAUUGGAAGCAAGUGGACCAGUUCAUGGAGGAGACAGUUAUUGGCAGCUACUAGCCACAAUGGUAAAGGGACGCGGGUGGCGCUGUGGGUUAAACCACAGAGCCCAGGACUUGCCGAUCAGAAGGUUGGCGGUUCGAAUCCCCACGACGUGGUGAGCUCCCAUUGCUCGGUCCCUGCUCCUGCCAACCUAGCAGUUCGAAAGCACAUCAAAGUGCAAGUAGAUAAAUAGGUACCGCUCCGGCGGGAAGGUAAACGGCGUUUCCGUGCGCUGCUCUGGUUCGCCAGAAGCGGCUUAGUCACGCUGGCCGCAUGACCUGGAAGCUGUACGCUGGCUCCCUUGGCCAAUAAAGCAAGAUGAGCGCCGCAACCCCAGAAUCGGCCACGACUGGACCUAAUGGUUAGGGGUCCCUUUACCUUUACCUAGCCACAAUGGCUAUGCUGUCUCCAUAGCUGAAUGUCACAGUGCGUUUUCUGGAAACCACAGAAGGGGAGAGGGCCCUUGAGCUCGGAUCCUGCUUGAGCACUGGACCAGAUGAGCCAUUGGCCUGAUUCAGCAGGUUCCUCUUACAUUCUCAGAUCUAGGGAAUGUGGCCAGUUUGUCAAUGAAACGUCUUGUUAUAUGGCGCCCCCUCCUCACAAAUCUUUGCGUGGUGCAAGAGUCCAGGGGUAUCAGUCUUCCCAGGGACUGAGUUUACUUUAGGACAAUAAGACACAGACGUCUGUGGCAUCUUUAUGAUCUAUGGUUCAUUUACACAUGUAUACAGCCUGAGUCUGGAUGGAGAGUGUGUGGAGCAUUCACAUCCCAAGAGGGUCCUGUUUCUUCCCAUUGCUGCAGCCCCAGAUUCCAAGAGACCCCCAAUAUCACGUGUGCUCUGCCCGCCUCCCGCCCACGCUUGCAAAAUGGACCCUGUUUCUGUUUGCUUAGAUUCACUUGCCAGUCUUACUCAGAACAAACCCAUUGAAGUGAAUGGACCCGACUAACUUAGGUUCAUUAAUUUCAGUGGGUCUACUCUGAGUCAGACUUACGUUUUAACAAUGGCAGCCACCAUCCAGGCUGACUUUCAAGCCCAGAUUCCUGACUCAGCUGAGCUACCUUCCUGUUGCAACUCCUGCGCGAAGUUCAGUUGAAUUGAAUUAACUCCCGCUAAAAGAAAUCAAAAAGCUGUUCUUGAGUCAGAUCUCUUAUCGUUUUUAUUAAAAGCCACAUGCAAUAUGCUCUCAUUGCACUCUCUGCUCCUCCAUCCCCUCCCACCCCUCAAACACUUCCCAAUUCACUGUUGCGCUAUUCAUUUUGGCGAAAGGCAAAAUGCUCUCUGGGGAGUGAUGGAUAGUGGGAAAUGAAGAAUACGCAGGGGCUUUAUUGCAGCCAUCAAUCUCUUCCCUCGCAGUCCCGAUCAAAGCCUUUGCUUUCCCAGGCAGAGGUUAGGCAGAGGAGCAAAGGGAUCGAGUUUCGGGCAAACGCAGGGCGGAGUGUGGACUCCAUGCUGGGAGAGCAAGCAAGAAUUUGGCUCUCGCAAGGCGGUCACUGUGAGAUGCCCCAUUCAUGCUUGGCACGGUCUGCGGGGAGACGAGGGGACCGUACAGAUGGGAAUGUGGUGGCUUGGGUCCCUCCGGUUCAAAGGGGGAAGGUGUAGACCAGGCAUCCCCAACCUGUGGCCCUCCAGAUGUUUUGGCCUACAACUCCCAUGAUCCCUGGCUAACAGGGCCGGUGGUCAGGGAUGAUGGGAAUUGUAGUCCAAAACAUCUGGAGGGCCAAAGGUUGGGGAUUCCUGGUGUAGAUUCUGGCUCUGAAUGUGCCACCAACAGCAUGUGUGACUCCCCCCUCAGAAAUUCUGAAAUCCUUCCUUGUACAUCUCCUUUGAUUUUGGUGAUCCGAAUUCAUAGAAUCAUAGAAUUGUAGAAGGGAUCCCAAAGGUCAUCCAGUCCAACCCCCUGCAGUUCAGGAAUCCCAGCUAAAACAUCCAUGGCAGAUGGCCACCCAAUCUCUGCUUACAAUCCUCCAAGGAAGGAGAGUCCAUCACCUCCUGAGGGAGGCCAUUCCAUUGUCAAACAGCUCUCAUUCUCAGAAAGUUCUUCCUGGUGUUCUGGACCCUCACAAGCUACACAGUUAAACUAUGGAACUUGCUCCCCCUGUGUGAUGGCCUGGGACUUGGGCUCAGACACGGAAACCGGUGGAGUCUCGGUCCGCACCGGAUCCUCUGCCUCAGGCAGCAUCUGAACCGAGUCUGGGGCCUGAUCCUGAAGAGCCCCAGCCUGCACAGGUUCCCCUGCAACAAGCACCAGCUGGGCCGAGUCAGGGGCCUGAGCCUGCCCUGGCUCCAGAUGCGGGGAUUACCUCGUUGCCUUCAGCUGGGCCAUCAGCUGGAGCCUCAGCUUCAGGAUCUGUCCUUCCAGUGAGCCCUCAGGGCUGAUCUCCUUCAGAACGGAUAGGUUUGAUCUUCUUGCAGUCCAUGGGACUCUCAAGAGUCUCCUCCAGCACCAGAGUUCAAAAGCAUCAAUUCUUCGGCGAUCAGCCUUCUUUAUGGUCCAGCUCUCACUUCCAUACAUCACUACUGGGAAAACCAUAGCUUUAACUAUACAGAACUUUGCCUCCUUAGCUACUGUUUUUUAGAAAUGGAGAGUGUGGUUUGGCUGAAAUUGGGAGGAUUUGGGACAUGGAACCCAAGAAGUGCCUGGUGAAUCAGGCCCAUGGCCCACUUAGUCCAGCAUCCUGUUUCCAUGGUGGCCAACCAGAUUCCCUCCCCCCAGGGGAAGCCCACCAGCAGGAUCUGAGCCCAAGAGGCCUCUCCCAUGAGAAUGUAAGAAGAGCCAAUUUGCCCAAUUCUCUUUUAAAGCCAUCUUUAAUCAUUUUUGCUUCAGCCCCCUCCUCCGCCCUGCUCCCAAGAUUCCCAUAAACCUCUGUUAAGUAAAGAAAACAAUUGGUUUGGUUCAUUCUGGGUCUGGCGUUCUCCGCAGUGGAGGGUUGGUGGGCAGGAACCCAAUUCAACCUGCCCUUGGUUCCUUUUAAUCUCCUUGUCUUAUGUCAUGACCCAGACUCUCCCAAGCGAGAUUUUUAUGGCCACGCUCUCUAUUCUCCUUUGUUUUCAUCAGCUGUUGAAACAGGAGUCACUUGGAGCCAAGUUCUACAGAGUAAAGUGGGAGGGAGAAAGAGGCAGAAGGAGCGAAAGGAAAGAAAGAGUUCAGUCGGAUGUGUUGAGCCUCACAGCUGCCAGAGCUGGGCGCAAUGGGGGUUUAAACUCAGCAAGUUGACCUGAAUCAGCUGCGGGACAGAUGCUUAAUAAGAAGGGUAAAAUCUAUAGCUAAGGAAAAAAAUCUCACGCAUCCCCCCCUCCGUUAUUCUUUGCAUUUAUCCUGCCGGACAGAAGCAAACAGGAUGUCUUCCCAAGGGCUGGUGACCGACGACCUUUCCAUGGAUGGCAACUUUGCUUAUGACGAUAACUGGUAUAUAUAUGACCAAAAAGGGGACCAGGAUGAGUGAGUAUUGCUAAUUCAUUUGUUUCCCAAGUAUGAUGUGUGUGUCACUGAGUGGGGAAUCUGAUUCAGUGGGGGGAAUCCCAGGUCUGAAAUGAAUGUGCUCCUAAAAACUUUCCCUUCUUUUCAAAUUUCGGUUUCCUAUCUGCUCAGGAUACGCCAGCAUUUACUGAAUGUUUGGUACCUUUAUGUCCAGCAUUGUACUUUAUUUGACCACUACAUCUCAUAGCUGGUUUGGGAGGGUGUUUUGAGAGUGUUUUCUUGGGGGGCCUGCAAUGUCAUAUGACUACAUUUGAUUGCCUGACAUGUAAAGGUAUGUAGUAUCUGAGAGAUAACAUGCAAUGGAAGUUAGUACCUUACCUUCAUAUUCAAUGCCUGCCGAAUCCAUGAGUAGGUGCCAACAGAUCUAGAGUACUCAAAUUUUCACUGGGGGGAGGGGAAGAAUACAUUUUGGUGAUGUAGCAGCAUAUUUGCUUUAGAUAGGUCUAAGCCAUAAUCUGUCUUUCACCACCACCUUGCCACACUCCUUGGCAAAGCUGUUCUUAAAAGUCCCUAUGCCAGCAUUUUCUGUAAUCUAUUAAUCCUCCUGUAGCCCCAUUUAUAUUACUACUUUAUCAUGGUCUCCUCCUGGGGCAGAAAUCAUAUAAUCGUAUGUCAUGUCAUAUCAUAUCAUAUCAUUACAUCCAUAUUCUGUAUUGCUAUUAAUGUGUUUUUGGAAGUAGCCUUUUCAGUUCAGCCCCAAAGCAAACUGUAUUUUGAGAACUUUCACUCCUCAAAUCGAAGGCAUUUUGUUGGGGGGGUGCAUUUCAUACAACUGCCCCCCCUCUCCGGAAUACAGCUUUUUCAUUUAUUUGUGGCAGCUGUGGCCAGUGAUCCAUGCAAUCUGGUGCUGACGGUGGUUCUGCUCCUUAAUGGAGCUCAGGACUGUUCCCUCGCAAUUCAGAGUGAGGGCAGGAAUCAUUCUUUUCUGAUCCUGCCCUCACUCGGAUAUGGUUUUGUGAAUGUUUCCUGCAUGGCUGCAGUGUCACUUCAUUAGCCUAAAUACCCACCAAACAGCCUAUGAACAAAGUGGUAACAUUGGCAAAAAAACACCAAAAAACCCUACAAUUAGACAUCAGUUUUGAUGGAUAGAUGUGAACUGUAGAUUCUAUCGGCUUGUAUCAGUCUAAAGAUUAGCAAAUAUGGCUUUAUAUUUGUUUCAAUAUUCCCAUUUCAUUUUCAUUUAUUUUAAAAGCUUAUUUUUAUUUUUCUUCUGCUGUGGGAGCAACAAAGUCCUCUUUCUUUCUUUCUUUCUUUCUUUCUUUCUUUCUUUCUUUUACUGGAUUUUUGAAAUGAUAGGCAAAACAAAAGUUUAAUAUCACUCUCACAAUUAAUUUGGUACCAAUAAGAAUGCUAAGCCUAAGCGAUGUUAUAUAGAGUUUUUCAACAACAAAAAGGGAAAUAAAAUAAAGACCCACAACUACACCACAGGGUCCUUUGCGGGUGCAUUUUGUUGACCCCAAAAUAGCCCUUUAAUGUGGCCGCCAAAGGAAAUGGUCUCCAGUGGGACUCCCAUUUGUUCCUCUGAACAUUUGUUUUGAACCAAAUGGGCUCCAUUCAGUUUCGUUUUCCACUCGCUCCAAAAUGAAUGAAAACAUAACAAGAGCCCGACUGGAUCAGGCCAGUAGCCCACCUAGUGCAAGGGGCUCAAGGUGACUUACACAGUUCUCCUCCUCCCCGUUUUAUCCUUACAACGACCCUGUGCAGUACGCUAGGCUAAGAGUGGCCAAUGUUUGGAUUUGAACCCUGCUCCCUCCCAGUCCCAAGUCCAAGACUCUUAACUGCUGCACCUAAUUGGCUCUUCAGUUGGGCUGUUUGUUUUUCUUUGGGGUUUACUCAUUGGUUUGAAACCUUCUGUCAAAGUCAACUGUGAUUUUUGAUAUGAAGAUUUAAUAAAUUCAAAUAAUGCUGUUUUUUGUUUAAAAACACAACAUGGCAUCCUGUUAAGGCUCUCAUUUUCUUUAAUUAUUUUGUUUGUCUCAUAAUGUUAGUUGAUUGCCUUUCAAAGCUGUUCAUGGGGCAAUUUACAUUUUUUGUUUAGUUUUGUAAAAUCCAUCCUAAAUGGGGGGGAAACACACAACCUCUAAAACUAAUAAACACGUUUGGAAAAGAAUAAUCAUAAAACAACAGGAACAUAGCAACAGGAUGAAAUAGUGCUGACUUUUCUACAAAAUGAAAAACAAGGUGAAAUAACACUUCAGGGAGAAAGCAUUUAUGGGAAUCAUAUAAUUCUAGAGCUGGAAGAGACCCUGAGGGAUAUCUAGUCCAACCUUAUGCAAUGCAGGAAUCACAGCUAACCCCAAUUUACUCCAAAGCCACAGCGGAAAAAGCCCUGCUUCCUGAAGGAUGACAAUAAUAAUAGUUAUUAUUAUUUAUUGUUCUUCCCAUGAACUGGAUCUGAAUGGGUCUGAAGUUGGCAUCUUGCUGGAUCCAUGAGCAACUCCCCAGGGUGGCAAACAACUGAAUUGCACAUGGCAGCUUCUCCAGGGAGCCCUGGGCUUCCUCCUGCCACCCAGGCUGGCCUCUUCGUCCUCCGGGACAGGAAGAAGUGUAGGAGAGCUUCCUGUUCCAGUUGAGCCUUGCUUGAGCAACCAGGUCUCCCUGAGUUCCUGUGUGUUUCUAUAUCCUUAAUUCCUGACUUCCCGCCUUGAUCCUGACUCCUGGUUUAUCCUUUUCAGUUCUGGCCGCUGGCUGGACUGGAUUCACAGAACAGCUGCGCAGCCACUAGUAAAGGUAAAGCGACCCCUGACCAUUAGGUCCAGUCGCAGAUGACUCUGGGUUGUGGCGCUCAUCUCACUUUAUUGGCCGAGGGAGCUGGUGUACAGCUUCCGGGUCAUGUGGCCAGCAUGACUAAGCCACUUCUGGCAAACCAGAGCAGUGCACAGAAACACCGUUUACCUUCCCACUGGAGCUGUACCUAUUUAUCUACUUGCACUUUGACGUGCUUUCGAACUGCUAGGUUGGCAGGAGCAGGGACUGAGCAACGGGAGCUCACCCAAUUGUGGGGAUUUGAACCGCCAACCUUCUGAUCGGCAAGUCCUAGGCUCUGUGGUCUAACCCACAGCGCCACCCGCGUCCCGUGCAGCCACUACAGGUGGGCUAAACAGGUUGCAGAAUCUUUUACUGGCUUGGAUUCAAGAACUAGACCAGAAUCACAGCUGAGCCUGAACCAAAAACCGUAGCUUGAAACAGGCGUCAGGAAUCACCAGAUGUGCAAAUGUAGAAUGGACUGGCUUAACAGCAGGCCAUGUGAAAUGGAUUUAGGGGUCUUGGUAGACCACAAGUUUAAAGUGAGUCAACUGUGAUGCAGCAGCAAAAAGGCCAGUGCCCUUCUAGGCUGCAUCUACAGAAGUCUAGUGUCCAGAUCAAGAGAAAGCGUAGUGCCACUCUAUUCUGCCAUGGUCAGACCACACCUGGGGUCUUGUGUCCACUUCUGGGCACCCCAGUGUAAGAAGGCUAUUGCCAAGCAGGAACAUGCGCAGAGGCAGGUGACUGAGAUGAUAGAGUCUGGAAUCCAAGACCUUUUGAGGAACCGUUAAGGGAACUGGGGGGACCCGGGUGGCGCUGUGGGUUAAACCACAGAGCCUAGAACUUGCCGAUUAGAAGAUUGGUGGUUCGAAUCCCCACAACGGGGUGAGCUCCCGUUGCUCGGUCCCUGCUCCUGCCAACCUAGCAGUUCGAAAGCACGAAGUGCAAGUAGAUAAAUAGGUACCGCUCUGGUGGAAAGGUAAAUGGCGUUUCCGUGUGCUGCUCUGGCUCGCCAGAAGCGGCUUAGUCAUGCUGGCCACAUGACUGACAAGCUGUACACCGGCUCCCUCGGCCAAUAAAGCGAGAUGAGCGCCACAACCCCAGAGUUGGUCAUGACUGUACCUAAUGGUCAGGGGUCCGUUUACCCUUCAAGGGAAUUGGGGCUGUUUCGCCUGGAGCAAAGAAGACUGAGAUGUGGCCUGAGAGCCAUCUUCAAAAGCUAAAGAACUGUCACAUGUAAGAUGGAGUAAGCUUUCCUUCUGCUGCUCCAGAGGGGAAGAUCCAAAGCAACAGAUUCAAAUGACAAGGAUGGAGAUUCUGGCAAAAUAUCAGGAAGAACUUGCUGGCAGCAAGAGCUGUUCAACAGGGAAGGAGAAUCCCUUGGGAGGUUGUAGACUCCCUUUCCUUGGAGGUUUUUAAGCAGAGGUGGGAUGGACCCCUGUCAAGGGGGCUUUAGCCAUGAUUCCUGCAUUGCAGGGGGUUGGCCUUUGGGAUCCCUUCCAAUGCUACAAUUCUAUGUUCCUAAAAUGAGGUGCCGAGUGAUUCAGCUGGGCCUUGCUAAACAACAUGACCAGAAGUGGGCACAAAGCUCCUCUUUGCAUUCAGAUCCCAGGAAGGCUUGGACUUCAGCUUCAUUCAUCAGCUGUAACUUGAUCCCGGUUUGGGUUUGGCUGAAACCAGAAGCACUGAAAAGUCACAACAAAGAGCCAAAUUGUCCCUUUCUCUAGGUCAGCAUCCUGCUGCUCCUCUCUCCAGAAAGUUUGUUCUUGUUAGACUUUACCAGGGAGGGUAAAAGGUAAAGGUAAAGGGACCCCUGAUCAUUAGGUCCAGUCACGGACGACUCUGGGGUUGCAGCGCUCAUCUUGCUUUAUUGGCCGAGGGAGCCAGCGUACAGCUUCCGGGUCAUGUGGCCAGCAUGACUAAGCCGCUUCUGGUGAACCAGAGCAGCGCACGGAAACGCCGCCGUUUACCUUCCUGUCGGAGCAGUACCUAUUUAUCUACUUGCACUUUGAUGUUCUUUCGAACUGCUAGGUUGGCAGGAGCAGGGACUGAGCAACGGGAGCUCACCCCAUCGUGGGGAUUCGAACCACCGACCUUCUGAUCGGCAAGCCCUAGACUUGCAAAAAGAAAAGAGAGACCCAGUCUUGCCCUGCCCUUUAAAUCCGACCAGUAGCACUGCCACAGAGUGCACCGUAGUAUCUGCAAGAUGCUGCAGAAACAGUGGCGUGAAAUAUUUCUUUGUUUGCUGGCUUACUAUUACAUUUAUAUCCCAUGUUUUUCUCCAACAAGCUCAAUGUUGCAUACAUGGUUGUCCCCCGCCUACGUGUCCUCAUUUAAUCCCCUCAACAAUCCUGCAAGGUAGGUUAGACUGAGAGGCUGUUUGCCCCCAAAUGAGUUUCCUAGCUGAGUAGGGGAUUGAACCCUGGAUUCCCAGGUCCUAGUCCUCAAUUAUCCCCACCUUAUCCCUAUAAGGGAUGUGGGUGGCGCUGUGGGUUAAACCACAGAGCCUAGGACUUGCCGAUCAGAAGGUCGGCGGUUUGAAUCCCUGCGAUGGAGUGAGCUCCUGUUGCUUAGUCCCUGCUCCUGCCAACCUAGCAGUUCGAAAGCACGUCAAAGUGCAAGUAGAUAAAUAAGUACCACUCCGGCGGGAAGGUAAACGGCGUUUCCGUGCGCUGCUCUGGUUUGCCAGAAGCGGCGUAGUCAUGCUGGCCACAUGACCCGGAAGCCGUCUGCAGACAAACGCCGGCUCCCUCGGCCUAUAGAACUAGAUGAGCGCCGCAACCCCAGAGUAGGUCAUGACUGGACCUAAUGGUCAGGGGUCCCUUUACCUUUACCUAUCCCUGUGAAGUAGGUCAGCCUGAGAGCGAGUGACUGGCCCAAGUGGCCAAGUGGGGAUCCCAAGUCCUAGUCUGACACUCUUGCCAUUGCACCACAGAGGGCAGGGCAGUGUAGUUCAGCCGGGUUCCCAGUGCUCUGUGUGGCUGGCAGUUACCCAGGGGUGAGGCCAGGGAACAGGGUGCAGCAGCAGGACUUUUGGGUCGGCUCACCCCCCACCCUCUUGGAAAGAGGCAGCUACGCAGAGCUUUGGGAAACCCAGAAAGAAACACUAUCCGACCUGUGCCACCCCAACAGCCACGACUGUGGUAUCUUGGAAAAGCGACCAUUCUAAAGAGGUGAGUUUCUUGCUCUGGGCCACAAUCCUGGCAAAAAGCAACCUUGCCCGCAGCAACAACAAGUGGCUAGCAAAGUCCCUGGUUUCAGAUAGGUUGGUUUCUUCCAAGCCAAUUUCCCAGUUCUUGGCUUCUUCCCAGGGUGGGGACUGGGGAGCCUCGGGUCCAGGUGGGCCAAAUAAGAACAUAGGAAGAGCCUGUGGGGUCAGACCAGUGGCCCAUCUAGUCCAGCUUCCUGUUCCUACAGCGGCCAGCCAGAUCAUAGAAUCGUAGAAUGAUAGAGUUGGAAGGCACCCCAAGGGUCAUCUAGACCCACCCCCUGCAAUGCAGGAAACCAGCAAGGAGGACCCGAGCACAAGAGUCUCCUAUCCUGUGGCUUCCAGCAACUGGCAUUGAGACGCAGUCCUGCUCCGACUGUGGAGGCUGAGCAGAGCCACCAUGUGACCCUCAAGUCCUCUCUAGAGCAGGGGUCAGCAACCUUUUUCAGCUGUGGGCCGGUCUACUGUCCCUCAGACCAUGUGGGGGGCCAGACUAUAUUUUGAAAAACAGCCUUGGUCCAGUAUACCUGAAGGAGCGUCUCCACCCCCAUCGUCCAGCUCUGAGGGCCUUCUGGCGGUUCCCUCACUGCGAGAAGCCAAGUUACAGGGAACCAGGCAGAGGGCCUUCUCGGUAGUGGCGCCCGCCCUGUGGAACGCCCUCCCACCAGGUGUCAAAGAGAACAACAACUACCAGACUUUUAGAAGGCAUCUAAAGGCAGCCCUGUUUAGGGAAGCUUUUAAUGUUUAAGAGACUAUUGUAUUUUAAUAUUCUGUUGGAAGCUGCCCAGAGUGGCUGGGGAAACCCAGCCAGAUGGGUGGGGUAUAAAUAAAUAAAUAAAUAAAUAAAUAAAUAAAUAAAUAAUAAAAAUGAUCAAAUUCCUAUGCCCCACAAAUAACCCAGAGAUGCAUUUUAAAUAAAAGCACACAUUCUACUCAUGUAAAAACACGCUGAUUCCUGGACCGUCCGCGGGCCAGGUUGAGAAGGCGAUUGGGCCGCAUCCAGCCCCUGGGCCAUAGGUUGCCUAUGCCUGCUCUAGUGGGUCCCUAGAGCAGGGACCCACGCUAAGGGCCACUUACGUUCCUCUGACCACGUUUGCGUGUGUCCACCACCCCCGCUCUGUAGCUUCUGGAAGGUUGUCCAUGACAAGUUGUGGCCCCUGAGAUGAGAGGGCUUCCUCAUCUCCGUCUUCUUCUAAAGCCUCCCAAUUCCUAGAGUGCAGGGCCAGCCCAUGACAUUUUGGCACCUGAGGGGACCCAUAAAAGGCAAUCCUCCUCCCCACCAGAAAAGAAGGGGUGAGUGAAGAUCUACACCAGGAACAAGGGGGAGAUUGUAGUUCGACAUGGGGAUCUGCUGCCUCUGCGGAUUCUGCCGCCUGAGGCGGUGACCUCACCUUGCCUCAUGGGUGGGCCGGCCCUGCCAGAGCGCCCUAUGAAGAGAGGCUGACUGUUAAACCCCUCUGGGAACUGUAGUUUUGUGAGAGGAACAGGGCUCUCAGCACCCACAACAAACUGCAGCUCCCAGCAUUCUUUGGGGGCAGCCAUGAUGGUCUAAAGUAUUAUCCUAGCACUUUCAACGCAGGGCAUGAGCCUGACCUAAGCGGGCUCCACCUGCCAUUGCCUCUGAUGCCCCCCAAGGGGCUCCAGCUCAUAGCUGUCAACUUUUCCCUUUUCUUGCGAGGAAUCCUAUUCGGAAUAAGGGAAUUUCCCUUAAAAAGGGGAAAGUUGACAGCUAUGCUCCAGCUGCCCUGAUGCUCCUUUGCUCAUUGUUUGCAAAUAGCUGCUUGGCUCCAUCUCCUGAUUCCAUCCAGCCUUUUUCUAUGACAACAUGGUAGGUGCCAGGGUCAACUUCUCCAGCCUUUUCAGCCCCCCGCUGCUUAGCAAAGUCCUCUCCCUCCCUCCCUCCCUGCCUCCAGUAAUGUCCCUUGGGACCCACCUGAACUAAUUCCUUAUCCGCUAUGGUGCAUUUCCCAGCUCUUCAAAUAAAUUUCCACGGUUCUCCAUCUCCCUUAGUUGAACCAUGUUAUGCAUAUUUAGCGCCUUUAAUCUCUUGCUCACAAAACCAGUUCUUUUAACACCCCUUCGGUUAAUUUGGUUGCUGCUUUUUAAAAAAAUCCUUUUAAUUUUAAUAUAUAUUGCCUCCCAUUAACAUAAGAUAUGUAAGCUCUGCCCUCAAACCCCUAUUUUCCAAGGAACCAGAAAAUGGCUUUGCAUGCAUGACAUAGAUUUAUCUCCCUGCUUGGUUAAUAUAGUGGCACACAUAUACCAGAGGUUUCCUAGAAUAAGUAUUUUACCCCCUGAGGGUGGAAUCCUUGUGCAAAAUCCUCCUUUUAGCUGGGCACAACUUAUUGGAUUCCAUUUUACACAUUUGCGUGUUCAGACCCAGAAACCUCCCCCCUAAAUAAAUUCACACUUGACUCAAAUUUUUUGUUUGUUUUUUGGCAGAAUUUAGGCCACAACUUUAUUGAUUACAGCAAGUGACCUGUUGUACAGGCUCUGGUUUGACUAGCUCCCUGCCAUGCAGGUAGCGCUGACCCAGGGUUCCAGCAUAGGUCAGCCAAGGGUGAAUACCUGGAUAAGUGGAAAGCUGGGCACAGGCUAUCUCCGCUACCCAAAUGUUCACCUGGUCUCAGGCACGGGCACAACCCCCUCUUAGGGGUUGACCAAACCAUCAAGUCCCUGGAUUCCUUUAACGGAAUACCCUUCACAUCGGGAUGGUGAGAGCGUUCUCCCAUCCCUAUCACCUGAACCAGAGCCUAUCCACAACCUUACAAGUUGUGACAAUUUGCUACGCAGCAGGUGAAACCCAAAUGGCAACAGCCAAUCAGCCAAGUGGGGAAAAUUCCUGCCGUGCUCCUGUCCCAAUGACAGACGACGGCAUAGCAAGGUCAAGCGCAAAAUGCCCUAAAAGUAGGGAGAGGUGGGCGGGUGUUCCGAAUGCAUGCGCCGAAAGAGGAAGCUCUGGGUCACGUGCAUGGGCAUAAAUAGGUCUCUCGAACCGUUUGGACUGCGUCCCAUUGGCCAGAUUGCACACAGCUUUGAGGGACCUACCAGUCGGGUGUUGUGGCUGACCAAUUGUACCCACCCACAACCCAGGGUGUUGCUUGUCCAGGUCUCACCACAAUACAUGCCCUCUUUAAGGGAGUUCCAUAGUCUAACUGUGCACCGCUUGAAGUGAAUGUUAUUUUAAACAUUUGCAUUUCUCUUUCAUAUAGCAUGACUCCUGAAGUUAUCCCAGACUGCCAUCCCACCAUCCCUUAUGACCUCUACCACGCCUGCAUGGCUCCAGUAUCAGUAAGUAUUUCCCAAGUCGUCUCCUGCUAAUGAAGCUCACAGACAAUUUUUCAAGAAGAUGAAGUCAUACUGGAGACAUCACUGUGAGCAGAGAAGAGGAGAGGUGUUGCUAACUUGCCUGCAAAGUUUAAUUUCAUUUGCAAGUGACAUUUGUGAAACUAAACUGAAAUGUUAUGUCAACUAUUUUCUAUAGCAUUGGUGUAUCAUGUUUCUCGUUUAUGUAAAAGGUCUUCCAUUGUUAUUAUUUCAUAGAGCUGAAGCAUAAUGGUGGAUACUUAUUGAUCUAUUCAAAAAUAUUUCUAAACUGCUUAAUAUUUUUUUAAAAAAAAUGUUAGGGGUAUAUGGCAGUACGAAACAUAACAAGACACUAAAAUCGUCUAAUGAAGCAGAGCUUUAAAAGUACCAUACCCAACUACCAAAGCCAAUCCAAACGGUUUGUCUCUGCAAAGUGAGUAACUGAAGUUGCUUCAUGUACAAUGGAGAGAAGGGCUUUCCAGAGUGUAGGAGAAACAGCGGAAAAUGUCUGUUUUCAAGUCAGCACUCUAAUGUAUUUCAUAGUCAAGUAAAAGUAAAAAGAAAUCAACAUCUCGGCAGUCUCAUGAGGGCCCUGCUAUAAACCCAUAAGCCCUUGGCUCCUGGAGCUGCCACAUUUUAUAUUUAUCAAGAUGGGAUGGAGCUGUGCAAACAACAGUCUUUGUUGCUCUCAUUGAAUCCACACCACUUCCUCUCUUGCAGCUGGCUGUCUUGCUGAUUCUCUCUCUGCUGGUGAAGCGGAAGAAACUCUAUAAAAAUUGUUGGGAUGGAGCCCCUGGACUGCUAAGGUACCCUCCACAGCCCAGAUGCAGCCUAGGGAGGGAGGACGUGGUCUUUUGCUGUCUCUGAGCUAAGAUUGACAAUUGUCAUUCGUCAGGUUGUGAGUUCUUAAGGCGGCAAAUAGGGCGGCGUGUGAUUGUGGUAGGACCAUCAAAGGCAGAGGCAGGUCCAAGGGGUGCUUCCCAUUGCCUGGCAUGUGUGUAGGCUGCAUGAGCUUUGCCCUACAUAGUUCUUUGCUCCCCAUGUAGUAGAAGGUGAACAAUUUAUGCAAAAAUAAGCAGAUUUAUGUGGGUCGGGCUAAUGAGCACAAUGUAAUGUAUGCAGGUUGUGGAAGGCUUGCUUAUACAUUUCUAUGCCACCUUUCCUCCAAGGAGCUCAAUACGGCACAUAUGAAAUGCCCCCCCCCCCGUUUAAUCUGAUAACAACAACCCUGUGAGGUAGAUCAGGCUCAGGGGCAGUAACUGGCCCCCAGAGUCACACCCAGGGAGCUUCAUGGCUGGGUGGGGGAUUUGAACCCAGGUCUCUCCCAGGUCCUAGUCCUCACUUAAUCUCCACAACAACUCUGUGUUGUAGGUCCUGCUGAGACCUGCCCCCCCCCCCCGGUCACACCCAGUGAGUUUCAUGCUGGAGUAGAGAUUUGAACCCUGGUCUCUCCCAGGUCUUAGUCCAACGUUCUAGCCACUACGCAACUAGUAAAAUGGAUGUGUAUACACCUGGGUAGGGAGGCUACUUCGAGCAGAGGGCCACAUUCUCUUGUGGACAGCCUUCCAGGGGCCACAUACUAGAGAAGCAAGAGGUAUUGCCAGAGGAAUAGCAGGCUGUGAGGGAUGUGGCAACAGGGACCAUGGCAUGGUCACACUUCCCAGGAUUGCAGUGUUGCACCUCUCUGUGCCCUUUGGUGGAAGGGGCAGCCCACAGCUCAGCGGUAGAGCAUCUGUCUUGCAUGCAAAAGGUCCCUGUCUCAACUGCGGUCAUCUCCGGAAAAGGGUCAGGUCACAGGUGACACGUAAGGGCCCUUCAUUGCUCUAGACGCUGGACAGUCACUGCCAGUUAGAGCAGGAAAUGCUGCAAAAGCUGGGUUAAUCGCUUAAGCGGCUAUUGGGCAGUUUCCUAAGCCACCUGAGUUCGGCCAUUCACACCUGCAUAUAGCAAGUGAGAAAAGCUCAGGUGUAUUUGGCUUCUCCUACCUAGGUGCAAUUUUUGGAAACAACCAAAGUCAUUUGUGCAGAUUCUUGUCCGUGCACAGCAUGAAUGCACUGAGCACACCCCAUCGUUGCAAAAGCUGAACACUGAAAUGGUAUGGAUGCACUUCAGUCUCCACUCUGGGCCUGCGGUGUGUCUGCAAGUCUGCAGAGUUUGUGCGGAGGGCAGCCCUUCUGCAGAGAUGUUCCGCUGGUGCAAAUGGGUCCUUUUUUAAAUCAUUCUCGUCUUUGUUCCUCCUUAAGCCCUGUGCAUUUCCUGGAAGAGGAAGGUCACAAGGGGCUGUCUGUGGCAGUUUUUGGCAUCCUCUUCUCCUCCUUAUGCAUCCUGGUUCUGGAUAGCGACCCUCUGCCCUUCAUCUCCGGCUCCUCGACCCAGAAUCGAGGUAACACUGAGAGUUGUUGCUAUUAUUAUUAUUAUUAUUAUUAUUAUUAUUAUUAUUAUUAUUUACCGGUAUAUCCUCCUUUUCACUAGAGCAGGACUCAAGGCAGCUUACAUAAAUGAAAACAGCCCAGAUAAAAUGUUGUUGUUGUUUAGUCGUUUAGUCGUGUCCGACUCUUCGUGACCCCCUGUACCAGGGCACGCCAGGCACUUCUGUCUUCCACUGCCUCCCGCAGUUUGGUCAAACUCAUGUUUGUAGCUUUGAGAACACUGUCCAACCAUCCCGUCCUCUGUCGUCCCCUUCUCCUUGUGCCCUCCAUCUUUCCCAACAUCAGGGUUUUUUCCAGAGAGUCUUCUCCCAUGAGGUGGCCAAAGUAUUGGAGUCUCAGCGUCAGGAUCUGUCCUUCCAGUGAGCACUCAGGGCUGAUUUCCCUAAGAAUGGAUAGGUUUGAUCUUCUUGCAGUCCUUGGGACUCUCAAGAGCCUCCAGCACCAUAAUUCAAAAGCAUCAAUUCUUUGGCGAUCAGCCUACUUUAUGGUCCAGCUCUCACUUCCAUACAUCACUACUGGCCAGAUAAAAUACAGAAAGCUAAAAACUUACACAAGAGAAUCGUUUAAAAGUAGUUAAACUCUGAUAGAAUUAAAGUGAUAUAAAGCCAAAUCUAUUAAAAAACAGAUAAUAAAAUUGGCACAGCGCUAUAAAAAGCCCAUUCCUUUAUAUAACAAUUGAUUCCCCAAAGCCUGUCAGAACAGAGCCAUCUUCACCUGCCAAUGGAAGGACCACAAGGAGGGAGCCAGUCCAGCUUCUCCAGCAAGGGACUUCCAAAGUUGUCUGGGAGCAGCCACCAAGAAGGCCCUGCCCCAUGUCAUCACCAAGCAUGCCUGUGAGGGUGGCAGGACCAAGAGAAGCCCUCCUGCCCCGCCCCACCCCGCCCCGCCCCACCUCAGAGCCCAGGCAGGUUUAUAACGGAGAAUACAGUCUUUAAGCUGUAUAGGACUUUAUAGCCCUGUAUGGUCAUAACCAGGUUGCUUCCAUGGGCACAGUAGAGAGCCCUUCUUCAGUGUUCUACACCAGGCAUAGGCAUGUCCAAAGACUGAUUCGGGGGCCUGCCGGUCGGUGUAAUCCGGCCCCUGUGGCAGUUUAUUUCCUGGGUUAAAAUCCUUAAAAAAGGUCAACAAUUUCAACCCUAAAAAAAGGUUAACAACUUUGGUUGGCCCUCAUGCCCUCAUGGCCCUUCACUUCAUCACAUCUGGCCCUCUUUGGAAAAAGUUUGGACACCACUGGUCCACACCAUCCUUUUUAAUUUUGUGUAUUGUUCACCACUCUGGAGACAUUCAGGGCUCCCAAAGCUGCAUUGUGUCUGCAAGAUUUAUACAUUGAGAAUGUGGAGAAUGUGAAGACCCCUGCUGUAUCAGAGCCAAGAUCCAGCUUCCGGCUUCUUGCAGUGGCCAAACAGUUGCCUCCAGGCAGAAAUGGCCCAAAAUUGAGAGAAAUGCAACUUUUGAACUAAACUUUAAAAAAGUGGACCUUUAAGAAAUUUGCCCAUCCCUAUCAUGCAAUCCUGGAACUGCAGAGUCAAAGUCCAACCCCCCUGCAAUGCAGGAACCCCUAAACUAGAAGCCACACUGCCUUGGCAGCUUAUGCACCAGCACCUGUCGUUCUUCCAAGGGAGUAGCUUCCAAGGAGCUCUUUUGCAUGGGGGAAACUGAUGCAGCAUCUUCAAGGGACGUUUGUGGGAGCCCCAUCGCUGACUCCACCCUGCAUGCUCUCGGCAUGGCCUGCCUUGCUGAAUUGCCUCUGUUUGUUGUCCAGCUGAGGCUCUUAACCUCUGCCCUUCUCUCCCCCUUGAUCUCCCUCUCCAGAGUACUGGAAGAUCAUGGCUUUGCUCUAUUACCCUGCCUUCUACUACCCCUUAAUUGCAUGUGCUACGGUCAGGCACAGAGCUGGGUACUUCUUGGGCUGCCUGCUGUCCUGGUGCCAUUGCGUGGUCCAUCUCUGGCAGAAGGUGGAAUGCCCUCAGUCGCCCAAGGUAAAGACAACCGGGGAGGCUGGAAGGCCCUGAGGUUUGGUUGGCACGGGCCAGUUCUAAAUGGCUGCAAGGAGGAAGCCCGUUCCUGGAGAGACUGGCUGCUGCUUUGCAGGAGGGGUGGGCAAGAACACCUGUCCAUGUUCUGAGCAAUAUAUGAUGCCCAUAAUGGCACCAUAGCUGUGUGUGCCUGGCCCAUCUUUGCAGAUCUCAAGACCCAACUGUUGGCAAAGAAAGGGCUUGCUGGGAAUCAGGAGCCAGGAGGUCGGUGAGGCAAGAAGCCUCUUCAAGGGCUUUCAGCUCAGGAUCUACUGAUAGGGUGUGAAAGCAGAGGGCCCACCCGCAGGUGGUACCAGAGGCAAUGACAGGCAAUCAGCAAAUUCUAGUAUUGUCCCUACCCUCCUCUUCCUCCCUGCUGGGUUCUGCAAGGGUUGUAGAAACUUGCUGGAGUUAUCCAGCAGAGGGAGAGUUGUCACUUGUAAUGGGAUUUAUGAGCUGAACACACGUUUGUCUUUCUUGCAGCCAUUCUCUUUGUCUCUGCUCAGAUUUAUAGGUACUAUUCCCUGCUUUCUUAUCUCCCCAUCAUCCUGUGCCUUGUGGUUUUGAGCCUUUGGUAUCCUGCACAGCUUGUCAAGAGCUUCAGAGAGCAGAAGAGGAAGAAAGUGACGGUGGAGGUAAGGCAUGGCAACAUCACUGGGUCAAACUAGAGGAAGAUACGUCUCCGGGUGCUGGUGUAGACUGAGUGGAGCAGGGAUGGGAAACCUCAUCUCCUCCAGAUGCUUAAUUAUAAGAGUACUUGUAUACCAAUAUAUAACACACAUAUGGUUUACACAACAAUGAAAACACAAAAGCCGUACACAGUUAAAAACAUUCAAAAGGCUAGAAACAGACCACUAUAAACCAAGGUGGAAAGAUGCAUUCUUAAUUGCUUGCCCAGCAGAAUAGAAAAGUUUCCAGUAGGCAUUUCAAAGUUGGCACAAAAUGCGUCUGCUGACUCUCCAGUGGUGGAGAGUUCCACAGGGCCAAAGGCGCUGUCGCUUCUUGUUUUCAAGUGAGCUUCGCCAACUUGGGGAACAGCCAACCACAUUCCUGCAGGUGAUCUCAGCGGGAUAGAAGGGUUCAGGCAAACCCUGGACCUAAGUUGUUUGGGGCUUUAUAAAUUAACACAAGGACCUUACACCUGUCUCAGUAGUAGAUGGGCAGCUAGUGCAGCUGUCAGCAAUCUGGUCACAACAUUUUGCACCAGCUGGAGCAUCUGAACCAGGACCAAGGGCAGUUCCACACAGGGUGCAUUGUGGUAGUUCAGCCUCAAGGCUUACGCGUGAACUACAAUUCUGGGACUCCAACCCCCAUUGGUUUUCUAGCAUGUCCAAGGUUCAGGGGUGAUGGGAGUUGUGGUCCAACAAAUCCCUGGAGGGCCACAGGCUCAGCCUCUUCGUCCCUGGAACAGAAAGGACCUUAGCACAAGAAAACAGACAUGCUGCAAAGCAAAAGCCUUACUUUAUUCCUGGGACGUGGGGAGUGUGCAUGGCUUUGUCAUGAGGCCAGCAGUGGACAGAGCCCAUCUUCCCUAACCAUUGGCCAUGCUGGCUUGGGCUGAAGGGAGCUGAGAGUCAGAAGGACAGAAUAAUUCUCAGGUAAGGAAGUGUUGGGAAUAUCAGCUGGCACCCUCUGUUUCAACUUUUAAAUUCCUGAUGGAUGGAAGCAGGCAAUGAAGAAUACAUUUUCCACAACUGUUAGUUGGUUACUGAUUUUAACUUUUUCAUACGGUUUUCAUUGUAUGGUUUUACAUGCUCCUGUUGUAACCUGCUCUGAUCGUUCUUAUAAAUAGAGGUAAAGGGACCCCUGAUCAUUAGGUCCAGUUGUGGCCGACUCUGGGGUUGCGGCGCUCAUCUCGCUUUAUUGGCCGAGAGAGCCGGCAUACAGCUUCCGGGUCAUGUGGCCAGCAUGACUAAGCCGCUUCUGGCGAACCAGAGCAGCGCACAGAAACGCCGUUUACCUUCCCGCUGGCGUGGUACCUAUUUAUCUACUUGCACUUUGACGUGCUUUCAAACUGCUAGGUUGGCAGGAGCAGGGACUGAGCAACAGGAGCUCAUCCCAUUGCGGGGAUUCGAACCGCUGACCUUCUGAUUGGCAAGUCCUAGGCUCAGUGGUUUAACCCACAGCGCCACCCGCGUCCCCAUUCUUAUGAAUAGUUGCAUAUAAAUAUACCAACUUGUUAAGGGAAAAAAUACAACAGGACUUGCCCUUGUUGAAUUGGGGUUUGGCGGGGAAAAAUACAGGCAGGAAUUCUGAGAUAGUGUGGCACUAAGGUUUUACAGCAGAGCAUGUGGACCUGUCUAACGUUUCCGACUCCCAGCUGCUUCCAUUACGAAACAGGUACAAAUUAUGCAAGGCAUUGCCAAUAUGUGGUGCAUAUUUUUGGAGUGAGCACAAAUUGUAGAUGCCGUACAGAAACAGAAAAUGGAACCUGACCCACUUGGCAGUUCCUGAAAUGUCAAGGUGACAUGCAUGCCUGCGCGCAUUUAAAAAUAACAAGUGUUUCAUUUUCACACACCUUUCCGCUCCAUGAAGUUCUGGCGGUGCAGAGUUUCUUUUGGUGGGGAGGAAUGAGCUGUGCUCUUGCAAUUACUUGAUAGGCAAUAGAUUAAGCUGACACAACAAAAUGGAGGAAUUGUCUGGCCUGGGAACAAACAGCUUUCUAAGUUCCUAGCUCAGGAGUGGGGAAAACCUUGUGGCCAUCCAGAGGCUGUUGACCAAGCCUCAGGGACUAUGAAAAAGCUGUUGUCUUGCAACAGUGUGAAGCUAAUGCAGUUCUCGGCUGCUUUAACAGAAGUCUCAUGUUCAGUCAAGGGAAGUUCUUGUUUUUAUUAUGUAUUUUUGGUUUUUAUCUUUUAUUUUGCUGCUGUGAACUGCUCUGAGAUCUACAGAUGAAGGGCAAUAUACAAUUCUAAUUUAAUAAUAAUAGUUACAGGUAGGCAGCCGUGUUGGUCUGCCAUUGUUGAAACAAAAUUAAAAAAUUCCUUCCAGUAGCACCUUAGAGACCAACUAAGUUUGUUAUUGGUAUGAGCUUUCGUGUGCAUGCCAAUAACAAACUUAGUUGGUCUCUAAGGUGCUGCUGGAAGGAAUUUUUUUAUUUAAUAAUGAUAAUAAUAAAGGUAAAGGGACCCCUGACCAUUAGGUCCAGUCGCGGACGACUCUGGAGUUGCACGCUCAUCUCGCUUUACUGGCCGAGGGAGCCGGCGUUUGUCUGCAGACAGCUUCUAAGUCAUGCGGCCAGCAUGACUAAGCCACUUCUGGCAAACCAGAGCAGUGCACAGAAACGCCGUUUACCUUCCCACCAGAGUGGUACCUAUUUAUCUACUUUCACUUGACGUGCUUUCGAACUGCUAGGUUGGCAGGAGCAGGGACUGAGCAACGGGCGCUCACCCCGUUGUGGGGAUUCAAACCGCCAGCCUUCUGAUGGGCAAGCCCUAGGCUCUAUGGUUUAGACCACAGCGCCACCCGCAUCUGAAUAAUAAUAAUAGUCCCAUUCUAUUCUGCCUUGGUCAGACCACACCUGGCGUCCUGUGUCCAGUUCUGACCACCACAGUUUAAAAAGGAUAUUGACAUGCUGGAAUGUGUGCAAAGGAGGGCAACCAAGAUGACCAAGCCUUAUGAGGAACAAUGGAGGGAGUUGGGGAUGUUUGGCCUGGAAAAGAGGAGACUCAGAGGAGAAAGGAGAGGCAUCUUCAAAUAUCUAAAAGGAGGAUGGAACAAGCUGGUUUUCUGCUGCUCUGGAAGGCAGAACCCAAACCAGUGGAUUCAAAUUGCAAGGAAGGGGGUUCCGACUAAAGCUUAGGAAGAACUUCCUGGCAAUAAGAGCUGUUUGACAAUGGACCAUAUUCACUCAGUCCUCAGAAGGCGGUGGACUCUCCUUCCUUGGAGGUUUUUAAGCAGAGGCUGGAUGACCAUCUGUCAGGGAUGCUUUCCCUGUGAUUCCUCAAUGAGCCUUGGGGUCCCUUCUGAUUCUACAAUCCUGUGAUUUCCUUCCCAAGGCCGACUCUAAAUUGAGGUGCCCUCAGUUUACAGGGUGUGUGGGAAAGACAAUUUGGCUCUUUGGGCGGGGGGGACAAUAAUCUGCUUUUAUUUUUGCUGAAAUCUAAACCACUUAGCUCAAGAAGAUUUGAGUUUCUGAAUGUUUCCUAUUCAGAGCCUUACAGUGGAAGGAGGAGAGUGAGUGUUUGGCAACAGAAUCAUAAUCCAAACGACUGGCACAGAGGUCCUUGUUUUAAGAAAGAAAGCUCUAUUUUAAAAUAAAUAAAUAAUCGAUAGAAGCCCAAAUCUGCACUCGGAUUUUAGGGUUUAGCCCAAUCCACAACUCUGGGAUAAGGAGUCGGAACAGAACGUUCCUUCUUAUUCCAUUUCAGAUGUUUGUGCAGAUCUCCAGCUGGGAUCCUGCAACAACCUUGUGUAGUGACAGACCCACUCCUCUCCCCACGAUAAUUAGCACCUCCGCAACUGCGAUCACAAAGGCUGGCGAGGCAUAUGGGAAUUAUGCAAGGCAUUUUUAAAUAGGUUGCAGAAGUCGGGUGCUUCUUUAAAAAUAUAAGAAGUGUGCUGAGGAUGUUGCAGAAACUGUCUGAAGGCGCAGCAUCUCUUUGCUGGGUCUUUUCUGGGUUGGCGCAAGCAAGAGCAUACCCUGACUGUCAGUGGCAGAGAGAGAGGUCACCAACAGAGCUUCACUCAAAGUAGAUCUAAUAUAAAUGCAAUAAAUAAAUAUAUCAUGGGUGUCUUUGCUACAUAUCACAGCCUGCAUGUUGGUGGGUAGCCUUUCACAAUAUGGUUUUGCUUCCUGCAGGAAGAUGCUGGAACAAUCAGCUAUGAGCCUCUUCCUGAAUCACUGCCUUGCCAACCCACCGUGGUGCCAGUCCUUGCCCACUGACUGUAGCGUCAGAUAGUGACUUGAAUGUGUGAAUGAGACAUCACAGAUUAAUCAGCGCAGAUGGUAGCAUUUCUGGAGGGGCUCAGAAUUCAGAGAACGUGGUUUGCAUGUAGAAGAUCCCAACUUCAAUCCCCAGUAUCUUCAUGCAGGACCAGGAAAGAAUCCUUUCUGGAAUGCUAGAGAGUCAUGGCAAGUUAGUGGAGAGUCUCGUUGGAGAGACAGUGUGGUGUAGUGGUUAGAGUGUCAGACUAGGACCUGGAAGAGGCCAGGGUUCAAAUCACCCACUUGGUGCCAGUCACUGCCUUUCAGCCUAACUUGCCUUGCAGUUUUUAUGCGGAUUGCGAGAGCCUUGGGUGCUACAUUGAGCUCAUUGGGCGGCAGAGUGGGUUAUAAAUGCAAUAAAUUAUAAUUACGGUAUACUAAUUCUAAACAGGGAAAUGUUUUUUUUCCAGUGGUGGCUCCUCAGUUGGGAACCCAAGGAGGUUCAGCUGGCACCAUCAUUGCAUAUCUUUAGGUGCCAGACAAAAACAUUCCCUUUUAAUCAGACCUUCGGCUUUUAAGUGUCUUAUCACCUGUUUGCAUGGGGCGGUAUUUUAGUGUAGGUUUUUUUUAUUUAAAAAAAUAUGAAUUGUUAACAACAACAACAACAACAACAACAACAACAAUAAUAAUUUAUUAUUUAUACCCCGCCCUUCUGGCUGGGUUUCCCCAGCCACUCUGGGUGGCUUCCAACAGAAUAUUAAAAUACAAUAGUCCAUCAAACAUUAAAAGCUUCCCUAAAGAGGGCUGCCUUCAGAUGUCUUCUAAAAGUCUGGUAGUUGUUUUUCUCUUUGACACCUGGUGGGAGGAUGCUCCAUAGGGUGGGUGCCACUACCGAGAAGGCCCUCCCUAUAACUUGGCUUCUCGCAGUGAGGGAACUGCCAGAAGGCCCUCGGCGCUGGACCUCAGUGUCCGGGUAGAACGAUUGGAGUGGAGAUGCGCCUUUUAGAUACUCCAGCCUUGCCUCCAUGCUGGUUUUAAUGAUUCCCUGAAAAAUGGAGUGAAGCAGAGCUCUGGCUGAGCACACCUGAGAGAGAGCCAGGAUGGAAAUGGACUGAGCUUUUGGGUGUGCUUCCUCCUGUUUUCUCUCUCAGCAGCAUCACUGGCUUAUUUUGCCCUUUUGAAAAGAUGCAGCUCCUACCAUAUUAUCCCCAAUCAAAGCACAUUUGCCACAUUGCAGUUGAAGGGCAAGCCUCCCUCAAAAAUUUCCUCUACAGCACUAGAGACAUCUGGCCAGGCAGCCUGUGAAUCCUCCUGUACAAUUGGUGGUCUUCUCCUUUAAUUCAAAGAGCCUUUUUACUUGAACCACAUUCCCUGGAGACCAUAUUUUCUGGGCCUUCUGGUCCUCAAGGGAGUAAUUGGAGAAUCCUGUGUGGUCUCUGCCCCAGCCCCCUUUGCUUUUUAAUUUAUUCUUCAUCUCGUCCUCCUUCCUUGCCCUGAUUUCCCAGGUGGUGUCUGCCAUCAAAUAUCUCUUGGAUGAAUUGCUUGCAUUUUCUCUCUGGCCCCAGACAGCCAGCAGCAUCUCAAGAUGGGGCUUGUCACGUUAGUACUCCACGGCUCAAGCUCAGACUCAGACUGGCUCCUGGGCUGCGGUAGCCCUUGGCAAAGUGUUUUCCUGAUGGUGCAAAUGGCCACUUUGAUUUUCCACAAUUCCCACAAAGCUGCACUGGGCUUAUAGGGUUGCUUGCUCCAGCAGCCACUGGGUGUGCCCACAGCCAGGAGCCCAGGGCAGGCAUCAGGGCAGAGAAAGCUGGAUGCCCCCGCAGCUGUCGAAGGGUGCCAGUUUCCUGUACCAGGCCUGCUAUAAACCUAAGCAGUACUUGAGCCAAUGAUGGCCAAGUACCUAACAAGAAUGUGCAGCAGGGGUGAUUAUUGGAGCUGUCAGUUAAUUUAUUUUCCAACUAAUUAACUAUUCAUUUUGCAAAUUGCAAAACUGCACAUGUUUGUCAUGUUCAUAAUUAAUGGCUUUUACAGGUGUGCACCUAAUAUUCUUUUAAUGUGCAAAGCGGACGCUUACAUUUUUGCAACUGCCCCUUUAGCUAUGUGAAAAUUGAGUCGAACCGAUGGAUUGAUUGAGACCUUUGUACCUUGUCAGCAGGGGCAUUUUGGGGCGGAAGUGGGGUGUGUCCAAGGCCCAGUUACGCAACAAUGUCUUAAAAGCCAAGUCAGAGUGAGGGCAAUGCUUUCUGCCAUUACUCUGAAUGGGCAAGCAUUUUCAUUCCAUUUCACAGCCCUGCGGAGCAACUGCCAAACUGGAGGUGUGUUUUGCAGCCCGUGCUUUGGUGUGGUCUGGCUUUCAAGACCACCCUGCCUGGCUGGCUAGCUGAAUAUGGCUUAGGAAAUGGCAAUUGUGACAGCCUAGGUCUUCUGUGUUAAACUGAGUCCCAGAUCCCUUGCCCCUUUCCCUAAACACACACACACUUUAAAAAAAAAAAAAGAAGAAUACAUAGUUUACGUGGUGGGCCGGGCAUGCUGUGAAAUGCAGAUGUUUCUGCAAAUGUUUCCCACCCCCUAUCCUAAAUUUUCUCUGGAACUUCCAUACUUAUAAAUUAGCAAAUUUGUGCUAUGAAGCUGUACCCCAAAUCCUUUAAGUACGCAGCAAGGUUCCUAAAAGGUAAAGGGACCCCUGACCACUACGUCCAGUCGUGGCCGACUCUGGGGUUGCGGCGCUCAUCUCACUUUACUGGCCAAGGGAGCCGGCGUACGGCUUCCGGGUCAUGUGGCCAGCAUGACAAAGCCGCUUCUGGUGAACCAGAGCAGCGCACGGAAACGCCAUUUACCUUCCCACCGGAGCGGUACCUAUUUAUCUACUUGCACUUUGACGUGCUUUCGAACUGCUAGGUUGGCAGGAGCAGGGACCGAGCAACGGGAGCUCACCCUGUCGCAGGGAUUUGAACCGCCGACCUUCUGAUCGGCAAGCCCUAGGCUCUGUGGUUUAACCCACAGCGCCACCCGCGUCCCUUAGCAAGGUUCCUACUUUCCCCCUAUAUUUCAAAUGCUGUCUGUUAAGUAUUGUAGAACUGUAGAAUUGGAAGGGACCCAAAGGGUCAUCUAGGUCCUGCUCCCCCCCCCCAAAAAAAAUCAGGAAUCACAGCUAAGAGAGCAUGGCCUAAUCUGGAGAUGUGGUCACAUUCACACAAUACCUUUAAAACACUCUAGUACUACUAAAACAGUCAUGGGUGCUGGGGACUCUAGCUCUGUUGGGUGAACACCUUUGGGGUGGAAGCUAUGCCAGUUGAAGUGGCAUUAGAGCACUUUCCGUGGGGGUGGGGGCAGAUGCGACCUUGCACCAAAAAUUCGUGUGGAAUAAUCAGUCUUUUGUGUCUGUUUUAAGCUGCCGGGGAGUGGCUAUUACGAAGACUAUCUGAAGAAUAUCCUGGCAAAAAGGACGCCAAAUAAAAGGUAAAACCUCUCUCUCUCUCUCUCUCUCUCUCUCUCUCUCUCUCACACACACACACACACACACACACACACACACACAGACACACACAGCCUGCCUUUCAUUCAGCAAAACCGCAUGCGAAAAUCUGGAGAUGAAUGGGAACUGGAAUGGGGGUGGGUGGGCAAGUUGGCCCCAGAAUAUCCCUGUAUCUUGUUUCAUCUUUUUUGUAAACCGCUUUUAGGGUUGUUUAAAAACAACAGCAACAACACACCAAGCCAUGAGUAAAUUCUAUGACAUAAAUAAAAAUAAGAAUAAUGUGGCUCUCUUAAUACGUAAAAAUUUAAUGUUAUAAUAUAUCAAGAUUAAAGAUCAGGAUUAAAAAGGAGGGAAAGGAAUUGCUGGGCUAACAAAUUGAAUUGGAAUACAAAAGAGGGUGGUAUGAGGAGGUCCGGGAAACAAGUAAAUGUAAGAGAAGUGAUGAAAAGAUGGAAUUGUUUUUAACUGUUUUUUAUUUUUUUUAUUUUGUACUUUUCCUUUUUAUUGUUAUUUUUCUGAUUAAUGUAAUCUUCUUUUUUUGAAACUUUAAUAAAUAUCAUUUUUUUUAAAAAAAGAAUAAUGUGGCUCUCUAUCUGGCCCAAGCCACGCUCCUUGUUGGCCCCAAUCCACACCCUCUUCAAGUAUUUAUUACCUCCCGGAGAGCUUGACCUAUGAUCACACAUCUGGGUUGGCUGGAUGGAGCCAUGAGCAUGGAAACCUCUGGCUUUUGCAGGCUGGAUAGUAGUCUAUUAUACCAAGGCAACAGUAGCUCCACCCACUUUUUAAAUAAAUUAAUCAAUAUGAAGCAAGAAAGGCGAAUUAAAGACAACACAUUAUUAGGUUAACAACAACAGACACACAACAAGCAGGUAUGAUAAAAACAGAAGGCUGAAUAUAAUCUUAAACUUAGAGUAAAAUAAACCCCAUUACUGUCAUGGGUGGAAUGGAUCAUAUAUUGUUGAAUCAAUCAAAUCUAUUGAUAAGCAAAGGGAGGGGGGAUGUACCCUGUUCUUCCCUAUUGGCAUAAGUAGUAAAAUCAAAGCAGACAUCUGGAAAUCUAUCCUUUUUACAUUAUCCGUUGGAACUGUGUGGUUUGUUGGUCACCUUUCCUACUAAAUCAAGCUCCCAAACUUUGGAACUGCCACAUCCACUUUUUGCUAGGUUUGAAAAAUAAUAUUGGUUUGCUUAUAGUUCAUAGGUAGAUAGAUAGAUAGAUAGAUAGAUAGAGUGGUUCCUCGGGUUACAUAUGCUUCAGGUUAUAAACUCUGCUAACCCAGAAAUAGUGCCUCAGGUUAAGAACUUUGCUUCACAAUGAGAACAGAAAUCGUGCUCUGGCGGCACGGCGGCAGCAGGAGGCCCCAUUAGCUAAAGUGGUACCUCAGGUUAAGAACAGUUUCAGGUUAAGAACGGACCUCCAGAACGAAUUAAGUUCUUAACCCGAGGUACCAUUGUAGAUAGAUAGAUAGAUAGAUAGAUAGAUAGAUAGAUAGAUAGAUGAUAGAUAUAGAUAGAUAGAUGAUAGAUAGAUAGAUGAUAGAUAGAUAGAUAGAUAGAUAGAUGAGAGAGAGAGAGAGAGAGAGAGAGAGGGAGAGGGAGAGAGAGAGAUAUGAUAGAGAUAGAAUCACAGAUGAUAGAUAGAUAGAUAGAUAGAUGAUAGAUAGAUAGAUAGAUAGAUAGAUAGAUAGAUAGAUAUACAUAGAUAGAUAGAUAGAUAGAUAGAUAGAUAGAUAGAUAGAUGAUAGAUAGAUAGAUAGAUAGAUAGAUGAGUAAAUAAUAUAGCUUGGAGGCUGGAGCUAACCCACUGUCCACUGCCUCUCUCAUUUGCUAGCAUUGCUAAAAAAGUAACAUAAAAUGCACCGGAGUCCCAUUGGUAAAGUGGAAAAAAAGGUUCUUUGCUUCCAGUUAUGUACUUCACAUUCCCAAGAAUGGCUUUGGAUUCUAAGAAUAUGCCAUGAGAGGUAGUGUUAUGGCUGCCUCGUGCAGGAGGGAGAGAGAGAGAGAGAGAGAGAGAGAGAGAGAGAGAAUGAAAGCGAGCAGGAGAAAGGGUUGCAGCCUGGGUGUGAAGUGGGAAAGCACAAAGUGUAUUUUCCCAGACUAUCUGCUAGUGCCAACCUUGCUUUCUGCUGGCUGGAGGCAUGCUAGCUUGCUUAAGCCCAGCAAAAGUUGUCGAUGAGGCAUUGCGGCCCUCAGCCUGAAAAGGGUCCCCUGGCCCUGUCCUCGUGUCUUGGCGUGCUUGUGUGUGUGCCUCUUCUUCUCUGCCUGAGCCAAACUUUCUUUCUGUCCCUCUAGCAUCAGCAGAGCCAAGCCAAGCCUGCUGUCAAGGAUCCGCUCCUAUGUCUGCUCAUUCCUCUACGCACCUCAGGAAGGUACUGUAUGCACAGAUCUUUUGAAAGGCUCCAUUGUUGCUUCGGCUUGUUCGUAGGUCCUCCACCCGCAAAAGAGGCUGCAGGUGGAGAAAACAGGUGGAGAAACGCAGGCAAAUGAAAGCCACAGUGGGUGCUUCUUCUUGAAGCGGUCCUGGCAACCAGGGAUUAUGAAGGCAACAUGAUUCCGUCAAGGGAUGCUGCCAGUUUCACAAUGAUAGCUUGAUAAAGCCAAAUCAGAGUGAGAGUAGUGCUUUCUGCCCUCACUCUGAAUGGACAAGUGUUUUCAUCCCAUUUCACAGCCCUACGGAGCAAUUGGGCAGAGGAAGGGGGAGGUAGGGGCGGUCCGCCCCAGGUGUCACCACUGAGGGGGGUGACAAAAUGUCGGGCAGCACUCACCGUAGGGCCUGCAGCGCGCCCAAGCCACGCUUCUCUCUUGGGAGUGAUGCAGUGGCUUGGGCACCCGCAGGCUUCGCGCUACCCCAAACGGUCCGCCCGCCACCUCCCCCUCAGCUAUAGGGCGGCUGAGUGGGAGGAGGCAGGCACACUCCUUGGAGGUCCCACGGAACGUCCUUCCCCGCUGGAAGCAAUGACUAUCAUUCCUGGCAGACCACCCUACUUAGCUAAUGAGCUGAAUUUGCCUUAGGAACCAGCAAUUGUGAAUGUGUGUUUGUGGCUGUUGGAUUUCUUUGUGGAAUCUUGGGACACAUCUCUUGAUUAUAUACUUCAGUUGUUUGGACCAAAGCUUCCCUCUCUCUCUCUCUCUCACACACACACACACGCACACAAACACACAAUUGUGUUUUCACUCAUUUCAUUUAAGCUACUCUCCAUCCAUGGCCACAGACUGCAUUUCUGCAUUCCAUUUAUGUUUAACUCCCACCCUCUUUUACAUUUCCUUCUUUGCACCGUAUAAACCUGACAACUUAAGUCUCAUGUUCCCUGCAACUAGGGGAGCAGACUCUGACCCACCAAUGCUUCUUUCAUUAAUGACAUCAGAAAAUGUUGUGGAACUGUUGGGGGCUACCCAUGUGUGAUUGUGAUUUUUUUGUGUGGAAUUGCAGGCUUCCAAAUCCCUCUGAAGCUGGUUCUCUCCCUCGCCACAUCUGUGAUUGCUGUCUAUCAGGUAAGAACCUAAGAACCCACGACCUAUCCAGCCCAGGAUUCUGUUCUCAUGGAUGCCCACAAGCGGAAGAGCGCUCUAUUGCACAUGUCUCCCAACAACUGGUACCCAGAGACAUAAGAGCAUCAGAAGAGCCUGCUGGGUCAGGCCAGUGGUCCAUCUAGUCUAGCAUCCUGUUCUCUCAGUGGCCAGCCAGAUGAACCAUCUCUUGGUUUACAGGUGGCCCUCCUCCUCCUGGCAGUCUUCGUCCCCAGCAUCCAGAUAGUAAGGUCUGGGAUGACCAAGGAGCUGACUGCACUCUUCAUCCAGUUUGGUUUAGUCCCCUCUGAAAAUCCCGCUGGGAUCCCUGGAGACAAAGAGUUAGCCACCCUCAAGCACUACAUCUGGUCGCUAGAAGGUGAGUCUUUGGGGCCCUGGUCUUGUUGACAAUGUCCCUUUCUGCCCCUGAUAAAAGCAAACUCUGGAGGUGGUCACAGAAUCAUGGAAUUGCAGAGUUGGAAGGGGGCCCAUCUAGUCCAACCUUCUGCAAUGCAGGAAUCACAACUGGAGCAUCCCCAAGAAAUGGCUCUGAAGAACUAAAGAAACACAAGGAUAUAAGAGUGCCCAUUCCUGGCUGCGCCCCCUGCCCACAUUUUUAUUUUUCAAUUAUUCCUCCCCCCCCAAAAAAAUAAUAAUAAUAACGAAACUGUAGGAACAAGAACUGGGUCACAAGCCCAGUUAUCCAAGAAGGUCUCCACAUGAAUACAGUCUAGUCUUUUGUAUUUAUCUUGGAGCAUAUCUCUAAGCACAUUAAUGAUCAAUAUAUCCUCUCCAGAGCUGGUUGGCCCCCUAACUGAGAAGCUAAAAAUAAUGAUAAUAAAUGUUGAGCCAGCAUUUUAGUCAUCGUUCCCAUAAUUCAAUUGAAGUGACCUUUCCCCUUUCCCAAGUUUGCUGAGCUAUCAAAAUGUCAAUUAACAGAUACAUAAUGAAUUCAGCUUAGUGCCAAGAUCUUUUAAAUCUCCUAGAAUUCUCUGCACAGGAUCUAGCAGCAUGAAAACACCUGUCAGGUUGCUUUUGUACUUUAUUCCAGAAGCAGUUAUUCUGGAUAAAAAAUUAAAAUUGAAAAUAAGAAGAGCCCUGUUGGAUCCAACCCAUUCUUGAUGUUUCUUUUCAAAUCCCUGCAACGGGGUGAGCUCCCAUUGCUCUGUCCUAGCUCCUGCCAGCCUAGCAGUUCGAAAGCAUGCCAGUGCAAGUAGAUAAAUAGGUACCGCUCCAGCGGGAAGGUAAACGGUGUUUCCAUGCACUCUGGCUUCCGUCAUGGUGUUCUGUUGCAUCAGAAGUGGUUUAGUCCUGCUGACCACAUGACCCAAAAAGCUGUCUGUGCACAAAUGCCGGCUCCCUCUGCCUGAAAGUGAGAUGAGUGCCACACCCCAUAGUCACCUUUGACUGGACUUAACCAUCCAGGGGUCCUUUACCUUUUACCUUUUUUAUUUCAAGUGUAAGGCGUCAUGCAACUAUUACCUCCAAAACAAUUUACAUUGUUUACUUUAUUUCAUAAAAUUUAUACACUGCUUAUUUUUUUAAAAAAAACCAUCAGAGUGGUUUACUUUAAAACAGACAAAAUUUUAAAUACGGUACUAAAACAGCUUAAAACUCACAUCAACUUUCUAGCCACCUGGUCAGGCUUGUCUAAACUAGCAUGGUUUUUGGUUGUUUAGUUGUGUCCGACUCUUCGUGACCCCAUGGAUCAGAGCACGCCAGGCACUCGUGUCUUCCACUGCCUCCCGCAGUUUGGUCAAACUCAUGCUGGUAGCUUCGAGAACACUGUCCAACCAUCUCGUCCUCUGUUGUCCCCUUCUCCUUGUGCCCUCCAUCUUUCCCAACAUCAGGGUCUUUUCCAGGAGUCUUCUCUUCUCAUGAGGUGGCCAAAGUCUUGGAGCCUCAGCUUCAGGAUCUGUCCUUCCAGUGAGCACUCAGGGCUGAUUUCCUUCAGAAUGGAUAGGUUUGAUCUUCUUGCAGUCCAUGGGACUCUCAAGAGUCUCCUCCAGCACCAUAAUUCAAAAGCAUCAAUACUCCAGCGAUCAGCCUUCUUUAUGGUCCAGCUCUCACUUCCAUACAUCACUACAGGGAAAACCAUAGCUUUAACUAUAUGGGCCUUUGUUGGCAAGGUGAUGCGUCUGCUUUUUAAGAUGCUAUCUAGGUUUGUCAUUGCUUUUCUCCCAAGAAGCAGGCGUCUUUUAAUUUUGUGGCUGCUGUCACCAUCUGCAGUGAUCACGGAGCCCAAGGAAAUAAAAUCUCUCACUGCCUCCAUUUCUUCCCCUUCUAUUUGCCAGGAGGUGAUGGGACCAGUGGCCAGGAUCUUCUCUUUUUUUAUGUUGAGCUUCAGACCAUAUUUUGCACUCUCCUCUUUCACCCUCAUUAAAAGGGUCUUUAAUUCCAGUGAAAGCACCUGCCUGAGAUCAAUAGGCAAGGAGUUCCAAACUGUCGCUGCUGUCACACUAAAUGAUCAAGUUCUUACCAAUGUGCUGUGGGUCUUGUGUGGCACCUGCAGAAGGGCCAGUUCCGUCAAGUGAAGCAGCCAAGGGGACCCAGGAGGGGCAAGAAAAUCUCGUAAGGAGUUAUGGCCCAGAUCCAAAGGUGGCAAAACUCUUUUAGCCUGAGGGCCACCUUCCCUUGGGGACAACCUUCCAUGCCAAUGAUGGGCUGGGCCAGAGGCCAGAGGCCAGAGUGGGUAGGGCUAGCAAUUGGACUCUUGUGAUAGGUUACAUUCCAUAGGAGACCACAAUACCUCAGGGACUGCCUCUCCCCAUAUGGACCAACUCAGUCCCUGCAAUCAUCCUCUGAGGCCCUUCUUCGUGUGCCUGCUCCACAAGAGGUCCGGAGGGUGGCAACAUGAGAGCAGGACCUUUCUGUGGUGGCUCCCCAUUGGGUGAAUGCUCUCUCCAGGGAGACUUGCCUAGAGCCUUUGUUGCAUAUCCUUAGGCGCCAGGCAUAAAAAUUCCUCUUCUCACAGAUCUUUGCCUAAUUAAACAAUCUAUGGUAUUCUAAACAAGGGCAGGGGUUUGUGGUGUUGUAUUGUUUUAGUUUCUUACUAUGUUGUGCAUUUUUUGAGUUUAUAUUAUGGCUGCCAUAUCUUGAAGAGCAAAAAAAGAGGACGCUAUGGUGACUCUCAUUUUAAACACCCUACUAUAUGUAAACUAUAGAAGCUGUAAUAUAUUGCUGAGGGGGGCAGGAGAAGAGAAGAGGAAAGCAAGUCUUCAGCCACCAGUUAUACCUACGUCUCAUCCAGAAAUUAUAGCCAGAGAUAUUUUGGCAAAUUUGAAAAUCCACCCGGACAGAAAUUUUACCCCUGAAAAAGAGGAGAUUCGUCAUCCAUCAAACCAAUGCUUAAAAAAAAUACAUACAUUUGGGGAAAGGGUGCAUAAAACUGAAUAUAUCAAUGGAAAUUGCAUAUGAAAUGCAUCUGCCAGGGAUGCUUUAGUUGUGAUUCCUACGUUGCCGGGGGUUAGACUAAAUGACCCUUUUGGUCCCAACUCUAUGGUUCUUUUACUAUAUUGGGAGAAAAUGCUUACAAAAUGUGUGCCUUAGUGGAAAUUGCAUGCAAAGGACAGAUUCACACUAUAAUGCACAUGAGGGCUUUUUAUUGUUUUUUAAAAAAUCACAAAUUGGCUGCAGAAAGGGGGGACAAUAGAAUUUAAAUGGGAACAAUGAGAAAGCAAGGGCUUCUCCAUCCUCCUCUUGCCCCUCUGCUUCCCCUUAAAGGGGGGGGGGGGGCGGAACGCGACCCACUCUUUAGCACUCAAUCAGAGUAAAAGGCAAUUUGGUUUUUUCUGGAUUGGCCUUUCUUCCAAUUUCAUUCUAAACCAUGGAUGUAGCCAGGAUUUAUGGGGAGGGGGUAGGCUUUAUGUGGGGGGGGGGUAGAACUUCAGCUAGUUAAGUAUUUUGUAUUGAUCUACUUGACUUAGGGGGGCAGCUGCCCGUACACUAAACAUUGGGUUUCCCCCAAGAAAGGAGUGGGAGAAUGGGGAAAGCACAAAGGCCUCUGCUUUCUAGGCAUGGGAAAAGCAGGAAUGUGGACGAGGACUUUGAGAACCAAAAUUCCCCAAUCCUUCCAUCCUUAGUCAUGGUCAUGGCAUUAUUGUCCUCAAAUUGGACUGUUGCUACAAGUCGAAAGGAUGGUUAGCACGUUCCCCAAUUACUACCUGGGUAUCUUUCAUCUGAUGAAGAGGGCAAGUUCCAAACACUGGGAUGCUGAUACGGCUGUGUAGUUAUCAAGUUGGCUGCCUGCCCCACGUGCUUCAAUGUUUCUCCAAAUGUUUUUCUUUUCUUUUUUGACAUCCUAAGUUCCUAGCCCUCGCGCUGUGCGUGCAGAGACCUUUCUGAAGUUCAGAGGGGAUGGAUUCUGGAUGUAGGGAAACCUUGCAGACGGGAUCAGGGUCUGUGGUCAAAGCUUCCUAAUCUGAGGAGCGUCUUAUGGCAUGCAAACAUCCUUGUCAUUGUGGGGUCCAUUGGGGGUUUCCUUUAUGCGGAUUCGCCCUCAUUCCCUGAUUUCUUUCUGGGCCAUUUGCCAGCAAGCUAAAAGCAGCGCUCAAUGCCAAGAAGCAAAGAGGGAGUGAAAUACAGGCAGCAAUUUCACCCCGCAGAUGGUAGUGCAGUGCUCACAAAGGCUUGCGGGGGGAAGGAAGUGGUAGGAUCCUGCAUUUGGCACAGAGAGGAUGGGAUGGAAAAGAUGCUGCAUGGAGGAGGGGGAGGGGUGUGCAUAGCCGAUGACAGGAUGACUGACAGGCAGGCAGGCAGACAGACAGGCAGACAAAUGGGCUGCUGCCUGUCUUGUCAGCUCUCCCUGGUGAUAAGGACCCUCCCUCUUGCUAUAGCCAGUGGCGUAGCGUGGGGGUGCAGGGGGGGCCGGCUGCACCGGGCGCAACAUCUGGGGGUUAGGGUUAGGGGGCGCAAAUCCACGGGUUAGGGGGCGCAAAUUACUUGCCUUGCCCCGGGUGCUGACAACCCACACUACGCCACUGGCUAUAGCAGAAUGGCAGAAGCACACCUGAACCAAGGUAAUGCAUGUGAGAGUCAGGGACCACAUCUGCACCAAGAUACCACUUUAAGCAACCCCCUGCUUCCCCCAAAGAAUUAUGGGAGCUGUGCUUUGUGAAGAGUGCUGCUGAGAGUUGCUAGAAAGUCCCGAUUCACCUCCCAGAGCUGCAAUUCCCAGAGUUCCCUGGGAAAAGAGGGACUGGUUGUGAAACCACUCCUGUUUUUUGCAGUCUGCUUCGUCUCCUCCCUGGUCGUCUCCUGCCUGCUGACUUUCUGUAUGCUGAUGAAGUCCAUGGGGAAGCACAGGUGAGCCUUGUCCUUCUGGACUCCACCGGGGGCAGGGAAAGGAGGUCCAUCAGGGCAAAUGGGGCUCUGCCCCACCAAAAUCAGGCUGCCCCAGGCCAGCCCCCUCCUGCUUCUCUUCUUAACUGGCAAGAGAUAUGGCAUGGCAUUCCCUUCGUCUUCCUCCUGCUCCAUUUCACUUUGCGUGCAUUAAGUGCUCCAGCUGAAAAGCCCAAUCUAGCAUUAAAGAAGCUCCGUGGUUUGUGCAUCAAGCCACUUCCACUGUUGUUCUCAUCCCUGCUUUGAGAACAAAUGCCUUCACUUGGCAUCCACCAUCCUAAAAGUCCUUCUUUCGCAAUGAGGGGUUGAUCUAUGGAAGUCCUUCCCCCAGGAGAGAGGGAUGGCCGCCAACAUGGAUGGCCUUAGAAGAGGAUUGGACAAAUUCAUGGAGGAAGAGAGGGCUUUCCAUGGCUACUGCGAUACCACAAUAGCUGUGCUCUGCCUCCACCGUGGGAAUAUACAAAAAUGCAAACACAACACGCUAGCUAAUAGCUGUUAGUAAAUAUAUAAUCGGUAUGAUGUCAUUCAAAAUAAGCAAAUAAGCCACUUCAAAAUAAUAUACCGUAUUUUUUGCUCUUUUUCCCUCCUAAAAAGUAAGGGGAAAUAUGUGUGCCUCUUAUGGAGUAAAUGCAGGCUGCACAGCUAUCCCAGAAGCCAGAACAGCAAGAGGGAUUGCUGCUUUCACUGUGCAGCAAUCCCUCUUGCUGUUCUGGCUUCUGAGAUUCAGAAUAUUUUUUUUCUUGUUUUCCUCCUCCAAAAACUAGGCACGUCUUGUGGUCUGGUGCGUCUUAUAGAGCGAAAAAUACGGGUAUAUAUCAUACAACACAUAUCACAAAAUAUACAAGUGACUGCAAGUUGUUAUGUGUAUCAGGGUCAAACAAACGUUCAAACAACCUUUAUUGCUGGAACGCCAAACCGUCUCUCAAAGGAAGACGUCUCAGCAGCUACAUUAUCCAGUGAGCACUGAUCCACUAGUAUGAUAUUCACUAGUAUGUAUUGAUAAUUAUUCACUGAUGAAGACUUUAUUUCGAAACAGUUGAACUAUUCCGGAUGCACUGUCCUUUUGAGACUUCGGAGAAACGUCUUCCUUUGAGGCUUGUGUGAGACUUCUUCCUUUGAGAGACGGUUUGGCGUUCCUCACUAUUCAUUGGUUGUUUGAACCUUUGUUUGACUCUGAUACACAUAACAACUUGUAUAUUUUGUGAGAUGUGUUGUAUGAGAUAUAUAUAAUUUUGAAGUGACUUAUUCGUUUAUUUUGAAUGACAUCAUACUGAUUCUAUAUUUACUAACAGUUCUUAGCCAGCGUGUUGCGUUUGCAUUUUUGUAGAUUUGUCACAUUUUGCAACACAGGGGUUUGUGUUUGUUUCCAGCUUCUGAAUACUAGUUGCUGGAAACCACAGGAGGGGUUUCUGCAGGAGUAGAUGAGGAGCCCCCUUUGGCCUAGUCCAGCAGGCUGUUCCUAAGUUUUCAUCUAUCCUCCUUAAGUGCUCUCACAUUCCACUUGACUGCAUCUUCCCCCCGGUUUCUCCCUCUCCAUUUUCAGGAUCAACCUCCAGCGCCUGUACCAAGGGGCAGUCACAGACGUCUUCUAUUGCUCUCGCAAGCUUCAGCCUUCACAGCAGGCUCUGGUGUGCUGGAUGUUCUUUGCCAGCUUCCAAACUGCAUUUGCCUGCUUAGGUAAAUGAUAUGCUGAUUUGUACCUUUUGUGUAAGGAUUGGGGCGGAGGUGCUGGCGUGUUAGAGAAAGGUGCUCCCGACCAAUCUGUGAAAAACAGAGGAUAACUGCGAUGGAAACCAACGCAAUAAAACCUGCAACAAAGGGUCAUCUCGUCCAACCUACAUGGUGCUUGAACCCACAACCCUGAGAUUAAGAGUCUCAUGCUAGAGCAACUGAGUGGUCCUGUUCCACUGGGGAAGGACUUUAGGCAAAGACCAGUACAGUCAUACCUCUUGUUAAGUUUGCUUCAGGUUAAAUCUUUUCAGGUUGCGUCCCGCGGCGACCCGGAAGUACCAGAAAGGGUUACUUCCGGGUUUUGCUGCAUGCGCAGACACUCAAAAUGACAUCACACGUAUGCGCAGAAGCGGCGAAUCGCAACCCGCGCAUGCGCAGAUGCAGGUUGCGUUCUGCUCAUGUUGCGAACAGGGCUCCGGAACAGAUCCCGUUGGCAACCAGAGGUACCACUGUAUGUGUGAUUACUCCAAAAUGUUGCUAAGACAGCCCACCCACCUUGGGGGGCCCUUAAACUCAUUCUGCAUCCUGAGCCCCACAGCGCUAUUGGGGUCAGGCUUGGAUUGACAGGCUCUGAUACAGGUGAGGGAGAAAGACAGGAGGAGGGGCAUUCAAUGCUCUGGUAACCUCCUGGCUAGAGGAGUGUGUGUGAUGUACUUUGUGCUUUUAUCCUGUGAAUGGCCCCUUGAUCUUUGGCUGAAGGGCAGAAUAUGAAUUUAAUGACGGAUGAUGAUGACAAUCUCCCCUUUCCACCCCAACUUCGGCCUCUUUGAAAGCAGGGGCAUACAAGGAGGGGUGGUCCACCCCAGGCACCACUCGGGGGGUGACAAGAUGGCCCGCUGCCCCCCCCCAGCUGUAGAGCGGCCAAGGGCACACACGCAGUUAGUCUGGGCGCAGCUAGCAUGGCGUGCGUAUGGGCUGCCUCUCACACGGCGACCGUACAGGCUGCCACGCAUGCGCAGUCUGUUCAGACAUUGCACAUGCGCCGCUAGGCGGUUUGCCCCACCCCUCGGUGUCCCACCCCGGGUGCCCGAGAGGGUUCCUCCGCCACUGUUUGGAAGGGGAAGAGCAGGCAUGGUCUGUCUAGCCUGUCCACACUGGCCACUUCCUCUGUUGUGAUGGUGUGUUCUUGCCCCUGUUCCAGGUCUGCUCAUCCAGCACAUCGUCUUCUUCGUCUGCACUGUGAUUUUCACUUUCUUUGUGGUCAUCCCUCUGCAAUCUGGCAGCAACAUGCUCCUCUUUAAAAUCAUGGAGAACAUGUGGUAAGAGUUCUAUAGGCCUAAUGGGCGACAUACCCAAGCUUAAAUCUGCAAAAUGCCAAGAUCGAAAAUGUUAACCCAAAUGAAAACUCCCUUGGAUGGAGGAUGCUCAAGUCAAGGUGGAAGGUACUUCUGCGAGUGUCCAGCCUUUGGUUUUGGAGCAAGGAUAAGUUUCAGGGCCUCCUUCCAUCACACUGGCAUUGCAUUUGAAAAUGAAGUUGGCCCCUGAGUGUCUGUUUCUCUUAUUCUCCUCUUAACGUAGCAGCCACAAGAAUGACAAGAUCCUGACUGUGGCAUGCAGAGAAGAAGGUGUUAACUCUUUUCUACCAUGCUGUCCCGCCACAUUUAAACAAUUGCCGACCAGCCAAUGUGGUUGUCCAGAUUUUGUGGGCCACAGCUCCUACUGGCCCUGCCUCUGACCUUGCUGGCCAGGGAUAAUGGGAGUUGGACCCCACCACAUGAAGUAGCCACAUGACUCUCAGAAAUCUAAGUAACUGUGGCAUUUCUGAAUGCACCCAUCCACCCCACUGCCCCUGCCACCACUACGCUGCCAAGUACUGAAUAGUCUUUUUUUCAUAGAACUUUGGAAUGGAAAGCAACCUUGGAGGUCAACUUGUCCAACUGCAGCAUCCCAAAUACAUGAUUCUCCAGGCUCUGUGUAAGCCCCCAGUUUAAAUGCCCCACCACAACCCAAGGCAGGCCCUUUGCACUUGAGUAGUAAGAAAAGAAUUCCCAUUGUUAUAUACUGAGUUGAAUAGGAUCCAAAAUGCAGCAGGCUGAUUGGUCCUAGAACAAUAGGAUUCAGAAUGCAGCAGUCUGAUUGGUCCUAGAACAAUAGGAUCCAGAAUGCAGCAGUCUGAUUGGUCCACAGGAGCCACCCAAUCCAGCUCCAGGUGGAAGUGAAUCCUCAACCUGAUUGACCUACAGGAGAAUCCCUGAAUUAGCCAAUCACAUGGGGCCCAUUGUGUAAAUAACGUAUAGAAAGCAGAUAUUUCGGGGUAACUUCCAUUCCUCACUACUAUGAGCUGAAUAAAGAGCAUGAAAUCCACACUCGACUCCCGAGUAUAUUUCACCCAACCACUGAAAUCUUUGAUUUACAGAAGAUGUCUAGAUCACUGAGCAUUAUUCAUCUGGACAGGUUCUAAGACUGAAGAUUCCUCUUCACCCUUGCAAUUUCACAGAUCCUUUGAGUGGAACCAUGACUAUUGCACCAGUUUAAAACUGUCAUGCAAAUACUAUAGCCUGAGCAAAACUGGCCACUUCUGAUUUGCUUUCUUUGUCUAGGCCUUUCUGGUUGACCUUGGUGCUGGCUGUGGUUGCACAGAACCUGCUGACUCACUACUAUUUUCUGGAGCGUGGCCGCCUCCCUAGGGAGCUGACCAACAGGUGACUAUGGAAGUUGUUCAUCCCAGCUAGAGCAUGAGAGAGCACUGUCUCUUGGAUUGCCUCUUGCAACGGCUGUGCUUGUUAACAUCUCAGGGUCCAGAUGAUGGAAUAUGGACCACAGCCGUGAUGUAGGCAAUGACCACAUGUGAACUACACAUGUGCAGUAUCAUAUCACUUUAAAAAAUCAUGGCUUCCCCCCCAAUGAAUCCUGCGAAAUGUAGUCUGUUAAGAGUGCUAGGAGUUGUCUGGAGACCCCUAGUCCCUUCACAGAAUUACAGUUCCCAAAGUGGUUGAACAAUCAGUCUGGGAACUAUAUAACUCUGGGAACUAUAGGUCUAGGGGGGAAGGGUUUCCUAGGAACUCUCAGCAACCUUAACAAAAUACAGCUCCCAGGAUUGCCAUGGCUGUGGUAUGAAUCUGCUUUAAAUGUUUAGCGUGGAUAUGGCCAAUGAGUUGUGUUCCACAAUCAGAAUGGGAAGAGUGAAUUGGUUUGAUUGAGCCUCUAAACCGGUUUAUGGUUACCCAGAGGUUAGGGGCAUAAGAAGGCACGAUUUCCCCUUCCACUCACUUUUCGCCAUGUGCAACACCAUUUCCGUUCAGCUGCAGUUCGUCUUCCACCAAAAAUGUCAUGAUUGGCCUCUCUGUGAACUGUGGCAAAAUUGUGUAACUGACAUAGCUUAGGUAACUUACACUGUCAUGACAUUCUUCCCCCAUGUUUCAGUGUAGAGGAAACACAAUCCAGGGCAGAGGGGGUAGUCACAAUCAAUUAUGUAUUGAUUUGUGGACCGAAAGCAACAAGAAGAGUGACUCCCAAUUCUAUGCCCUGGGUUGAGCUCCAUUUUGGACAUGGGAUGAAUCACUGAACAUCAUCAGCUUCUGCUCCCAUUUCCAUUUCCACCAGAAUUCUCAGGGGAAGGCGUGGUGGACGGGUGGGAAUCAUGAACAGAAGAAGCUCCUGCGAGGCUAUGCAGGUGCCGUUUGUGCAAAAAUAAUAAUCUGUCUGCACUCUUUCCACUUUUCCCCUCUGGGAAGACGGGCGCUGUACAUUGUGACCUUCUUGCUGUUCCCCAUCAAUGUGCUCGUGGGGGUCUUGGCAGGAGUCUGGAGGAUGGUGGGAUCUGCACUGUACAAUGUCGUCCACUUCUGCCGGCUGGAUGUGAGCAUGCUAGGCCACGGCGUGGAAGUCUUUGAUCCAGGUCAGCGGAAUGCAAGUGGUUUGAUCCCCUUUCUGUUUUCCUCAUCUGCUUUCUUUCCUUCUGUCCUGCAUUGCAUGCUCUUUCUGGCUGUAUGUACCUAAUUCAGGAAGUUGAGAUUGGCUGCGGAAGCUCACUUACAACAACACACUUUGCACUUUAAAAUACAGAUUGGAUGGAUUUCCCCUUCAUCCCUGAGGGCACUUGCAGACUUUCAAGAUAGGAUUCACUCAUGUGCUGGCAAUACAGUCAUACCUUGGGUUACAGACGCUUCAGGUUGCGUUUUUUCGGGUUAUGGACCCGCCGAAACCUGGAAGUACCAGAAUGGGUUACUUCCGAGUUUCGGGGAUCGUGCAUGCACAGAAGCACUAAAUCGCACUUUGCACAUGCGCAGAAGCACCGAAUCGCAACCCGUGCAUGCACAGACGCGCCGUUGCGGGUUGUGAACGUGCAUCCCGCACGGAUCACAUUUGCAACCCGAGCGUCCGCUGUAUUGCAUUGCACAAUUAAAGUUUAUUUGGCAGUCCUGCACAAUAAGACCCGCCUCCACCCCCUGACUUAAAAAAUCGUGUUAUUAAAUGUAAAAUCAAGCAUAAGCAAUAUCACAGAAAAUGAGUUAGAAAUAUUGAAAACCUUUCUUUCCUUCUGUCCUGAUCUUGGGGUUGCCUGGAACAGUCUUUUGCAGCAAACAAAGGCACCUGGUCAACAGGAAUGUUUUCAACUGUUUGGUCUUCCCCCUGCCCCUUCCUCCUCUUCCCCCUCCAGGCUACCGGACGUAUUGCCAUUACUUGAAGAUUGAGGUCAGCCAAUCGCACCCUGUGAUGAAAGCCUUCUGCUUCCUGCUCCUCCAGGUGUGCACAAAGGGAUCCCAGCCAAGAGAUGUGGAAGAAGGUGAGCACUCUCAGUCCUGGUCCCCCAUCCAGCCUCAACAUCACAAAAUGGAUGCAGAUAACAUCCAGCUUCUUGCUCACUCGCCCGCUUGCUCUGUCAUUUGUGGCCAGUCAGGGAGAUGAUUUUCCUCCGUCAUGUAUGGAAAGAUCACUUUUCUGUCUCUCUGUAUAGAUUCUCAUGGGAAACACGGGGGGGGGGGGGCAGAGGGAGGAGCCAGCUGUGGGUUUGCUUCCUUGCUCCAAAGGCCUUCUGGUGAGUACAGGUGGGGAGGUCAGAUCUGUGAAAGAACAAGUGACUUUGGCAUCCACAUUGUUUUUGUCUGAUGCACCCACGCCCCAGAGGAGAGAAGCGCUGUGUUCAAAUGAUGCCCGAUGUGGUGCAUGAGCACUAGAGGGGCAGGGUAAUUUAUUUCUUUUAAAGCUUUGUUUAUAACCAAGCAUAAAUAUUUAAGGUUCCAAGGGUGUGUGAUAUUGUUCCAUGCCAGCCCAAUCUCUGAACUGAGUGAGCUUCCAGGGAUAUCAGGUGCGCUUACCUGUGAUUCCUUGCAGAUAAUAAGGCACAGUGAAGACUGGUGUCUUUGUGAUUAAUAAUAAUAAUAAAUAUUGUUUAUUUACACAUAUAUGCAACCUGAGCCUCGAUGUAGGAGCUCCCAGCUAGGGCUGGGUGAUAUCUGCUUUUCAACAUCAUGAUAUAUCUGCAGCUAGAUAUCAUGAUAUACUGAUAUAUCGCAAUGUCUGAAAUGUAUCUUGGCUGCUGCUUCCUCCCCACUGCCCAGCCCUACAGCUGAGUGAGCCCCCAUACUACUCCAGCCUGUGCCAGGAGGAGGGGCAGGGGCGAUGCGUCCUCAAAGGUGCACACACCCAGGCAGACCGAGCCCAAGAAGGUGCUUACUCACAACCUACUCAGGCUCCAUCCAUCUGCCUGCCUCCGCCUUCACCUGAUUAGGUAGGCUGUCUCUUUCCUCCUGGUCGGUCACUCCAGGAGUGACCAACCAGGAGGAAGAGGCAGCUGCCCGCCUGGGAAAAGGCAGAAGCGUAGACAGGCAGGCAGGCAGAGCCUGAGAAGGUUCUGGGCAAGCACCUUCUCGGGCUCCAUCUGCCUGCCUGCCUUCCUACACCUUUGCGUUCAAGGGAAGAGUGAACACUUUUGAGAUGGGAUGUUUUUAAAGCAGCACUUAAGCUAUAAAUUUAAGGUUUGCAGAAUGAAGGCUUGAUCCCUUCCACUGUGGCUAGCGACAAUAUAUGGGAAACUAGGGCAGAUUUGCCCCUCCUUAGCUGAGUGCAAGGUCCCCCCUCAAUGGUGGAAUGGCCCUUGAGACUCCCUCUGGACUCCCCAGGGAAAGUGUGUGGGGGUUCCUGGAUCUUCACAGUGGCCCUUUUGUUGGCAGGAGUCAAGCUCAUGAAGACCAGGGCGUGUUCAUCGAAAGGGUCCAAGGGCAAGCGCAGCCGUGCGCGGUGGUUCUUGGCCUACACCUUGCUCAACAACCCCUCCCUCCUGCCUUACCGAAAGGGGGCUCUCUCGGACUCCACCGCCAACGGGAUGCAGGCCAACCCGGCAAAACCUUAGCCACCCAGGACAAAGCUUCUUGGAAAUGAUGGACUCCACCAGUUGAGAAGAAUGAAUCCCCUGUGACUUCUUCACCACCCCAAUCCCUGUGUUGUCCUUCUCCCAUGCGCUCCAUGUGCCUCUCCCGUAGUCUCCUCAAGAGGCUGCAGCCUACUUGCCCUGAGGCUACAGCCUUUCCUUCCAGGGCCAAAGAUGGGACAGAAGUGGUGUUGGCUCAGAGUGGGGGCAAGCGGUCAGCCGAGCUGACCCAAAGAUGUUGCUCGUCUGAUGGCCCUCCCAGUUCUUCCUGGGCAUCUUUCUCCCAUGGACAAAUGAGUGUGCAGCUCCUAAAUGCGGGGGGGGGGGCACGUUAAAUGUUUCAUAGAACCAUAGAAUUGUAGAGUUUGAAGGAAUGCAGGAAUCUCAGUUAAAGCAUCCAUGACAGAUGACCAUCCAACCUCUGCUUAACCUCCAAUGAAGGAAAGUCCACCACCUCCCAAGGGAGACCAUUCCACUGUUGAACAGCUCUUACUGUCAGAAAGUUCUUCCUGGUGUUUAGUCAGAAUCUCCUUUCUUGUAACUUGAAUCCAUUGGUUCGAAUCCUACCCUCCAGAGCAGGAGAAAGCAAGAUUGCUCCAACUUCCAUGUGACAGGCCUUGAGAUAUUUGAAGAUGGCUAUCAUAUCUCCAGUCUCCUCUUUUCCAAGCUAAAAAUACCCAGCUCCUCAUAAGGUUUGUUUUCCACACCCUCGAUCAUCUUGGUUGCCCUCCUCUGCAUACGUUCCAGGUUGUCAACAUCCUUCUUAAAUUGUGGUGCACAGAAUUGGACACAGCUUUUCACUCUCCAAGAUGAUGUCUUCGAGGGGAUUGUCAGAUAUCCUCCUAAGGUUCCCCUGCAAAUCUUUCUGCUUACUAAUCCCCUGCUCUCGAGGAAGGCAAUGUGCUGUUAUUUACUCUGCACCCCCCCUGGUGCCGUUGCCUCCCCUUCUAUUCUCCUUGAGGACUAAUCACUUCUCACCCUUUUCGUAAAGCCACUCCUCAGGCCUUGUGUCGUGGAAGCUGGCAAGGUCAACUCCCAGAGCCUGCUAAGGUAGGACAGAUCAUAGUAUAAAGAGAGUUGGACUCUCUGGUAAGAACAAUAAACAAAAUUUCAUGGUUACACUCCGGUGAAGGCCUGGUUUGUCUAUCGCUGUUUGUGCGUUCCUUCCUGGUGAGGCUGGUUCUGAAAUUCAAUUUAUGGGCAAAUAGGCUGGAUCCACACAUCUACGGCCAAUGUGCAGAUCAGAUGGGGAAGAAAUUCGAUUUAGUUUGCAGUUCCAGGUAAACCUACCAAAUUCAUACUUGGGUACAAAACUGAAAGGCAGCCCUCCUUCAGAAGCAGCACUUUCUCCAAAUUUUGCAAUGCAAUUCGCCAACAGAGUAAUGUGUACAAAAGUGAGUAUACAAUGGGGGAAGUGUGUGUCAGAACCUACACAUAAUGGAAAUUGCAUUCAAACAUCCGGUAUAUUAGGGGAAAUUACUUUGCAAAAAAAUUGUAUAUUAGGGGAAAUUGCAUAUAAAAACAUGUAUAGUAGGAGAAAUUCAUGCAACAGUGCAGAUGGAUUUUCAUGAGGGUUUUUAAAAAGAAACAUUGCAAAGUGAGAUGUGGAACGUGGAGAACAGAGCUUAAGAGUGGGAAAAGGAGAAACUGAGAAAAACUGAAAUUGUCAGGUUAGCCCUAGAUUUUGGAAUUUUGUAAUACAGUCUGUA